GUGCGCCCCGCCAGCCCCAGCCCCAGCCCGGCUCGGCUGCGCCGCGGAGAAGAUGGCGGAUCGGGCGGAGAUGUUCUCGCUCUCCACCUUCCAUUCGCUCUCCCCGCCGGGCUGCAGGUAAGCCGACGCGCUUGGCUUGGCGCAGCCCCGCCCGGCCGGGCUCCGAGGUGCCCCGGGGUGGGCGAGUGGGGGCGGGCGGGCGGGCGCGGAAUCCCCCGCACGGCAUCAAACCCCACCCCUGAUUGAUGAGGUUGGGGGCUGGAGGGUUUCCUUAACCUAGAGCUGGGAGCUCACCCUGCAAUGAGUAGGGGUGUUGUCAGGUUGGCCUCCCCACAUUUGCCCCCGAGGCCUUCUAGGACGUAGAGACAGGCUCUCGACCCCAGGAGGACAGAGUGGGCAGGGGGAAAUAUACCCCCCAAGGCCUGGCUGUUCUCUGCUCUCGCCCCCCGGAAGAGCAUCUGUUGGGCUCUGCCUCGUCCCGAAGGCCUGGGCCGGCCCCAUACCUCUUACCACCAGACUCUGGGCCUUCUUCGGGUCCCAGGCAAAGUCCCCCCCCCCCCCACGGCCUACCCUUACAAAGGGCUGGCCUCAUCCCUUCCGUGCUGAGAACCCCCAUUGGAUCCAUCCCUUGCUGUUUUCAGGGGCUGGGGGGGGUGUCCCUUGGGGAAUUCCCAGUUCAGAGACUGCUGCAACGCUGGAAGCCGCCACCCCCCUCUGCCCCGCCCCAACGUGCCCUUGGGAUCAACACCGUGCAGAGCUUUGCAAGCUCCCCCACAUAUUUUCUGCCUCCCCCUCCUCCCAUCCAUCCAAUCCUUUAAUGUGUUUGUUGCCAAACCCAGCAGAUUUCGCUUGAUUAAUCUCCUUGCCCCGCUGCUUUGCAAGCAAAGUGGAUCCCUUGGCAAAGCCCCAGCCAUCCCUCGAACCUCCCCCCCUCCCACUUCUCUCACGCUCCAGGCUUUUAUCUCCUUCUUCCCUUCCUGUCCCCACUGGGGGCCUUGGAUCCCAUUUGCAGAGAUGGGCCUCUUUUAGAUGGAUCUGGGAGGCCGUGGGAACAGGUGCUUCCUGGCUUGGCCUCCUGCCCUCCCAAAGUACUGGUGCAGAAGAGGAAGGACCCAGGCCAGGCCAAACAGUAGCUUGCCCACUGCCCAGGGCUCUAUUAAGGCAAGAACCACACCUGGUUCCAUGGGCAGGUGGCGGCAGGUGGCUGAUGUGAGGCCCCACAUCUGGGGAGUUGCAUCAGGGAACGAGGUCCCUAACUGCACGCAGGGCAUCAACGUGGCCUAAAAAGCAUUGGUGAUGUUCAGGGUACCUGGGAGGCGCCAGGUAGUCUCUCCCCACCCCCACCUCUUGAGUCCAGGAAGCCAGAUCCACCUUGAUGCAGCGAUGCCACAGGGGAUCCUGCUGCCUCCCUCAGGGGCGGGGAGAUCCAGCACGUUCCUCUUGUAACCCCUGGUAACUGCUGCAGAGCUGGUAGUGAUGUGUUGCAUUUGCUGCUGCUGCUGCUUUUAGAGCCUACCUCUCCAUCAUCAGUGCUUGGAAAGGCGUCACCCUGGAGAUGGGGAAGCAAAUCUUGGGCUUCCUGAAUAAGGGAGAGGAAGUUAGGAGUUGGUGCCUGUUCUGUGGGGCUCUCUAGAGCUGGAGAGAUGGAGCUUCCGGGUGUGAGGGUCCUGGGGGAAAAACAAGGGAUGCUUUUCCUUGCAUCAACCUCCAAGGUUGUGUCGGGUGAGGACUGUGCUGGACUCCAGCAACCAUCGCAGGUCAGGUCAAGGGGAAGAGAUGAGGUCCAGGGGUCCCUGGCGGUUGUCACAUGGGCCCACAGGGAGCAUUUGGGGAUGGUGAGGUGGCCAAAAGGUGUGGACUACGUUGAGGAGAGAGAUGACUAGCUGCCUAUGGCUCUCAUCUGCUGUUUCUCUGAAGGAGGAGGUGGGAAGAGGGUCUCUCAUCAUGUCUGCCAUUCUCAUACUCAAAUGUGAAAGCACAGGAGACCAUAUCCCUCUCUAGGUAAAGCAGGCUGUGGGAUGACCUUCCUUUUAACAGCAGUUACAUUUCAAGACUUUUUCACUUAUUUUGAGAGAGGAUGCACCUACCAAAGGAAUGGAUGUUUGUGGAUGUGCUGGGGAGACUAUGGAACUCCCUGCCUCUUGAGCCACCAACUUGGGUGGCUUUGAAAAAGGAUCAAACAAAUUUGUGGAGGAUAAAGCUAUUUAUUGUUGGCUCCCAGCCACAAUAGCUCUGCUCUGCCUUCAUGGUCAAAGGCAGCGAUGCUUCUGAAUCCCAGUUGAUGGAAACCACAGGAAGGGGAGAGUGUUCUGGUGUUCGAAUCCUGCUUGUUGGUUUCCCACAGGCAUUUGGUUGGCCAAUGUGAGGGCAGGAUGCUGGACUCGGUUGGCCUCCUUUGGCCUGAUCCGGCAGGUUCUUAUUUAAUUUCUCCAACACCUCCAGGAGCUCACAUAGCAGAAUAGAUCAUUUGAGGGCUAAAAGAGCUGCAGCCUUUCUCAACCUGGUGCCCUCCAGAUGUUUUGGGCUCCAGAUGUUUUGGCCUUCAACUCCCAUCAACCCCAGUCCCCAUGGCCAGCUUAUAUAAAGUUCAGCUCUGGCAGUGAAGUCCACCAAAAGCCUAGCUAGAUAACCAACGGGCAUCUUAAAGUGCAAGGUGGAGGUAGAGUGGAGGACGUUCCAAGGGUUAAGCCUGGCGACUGAGGAAGUUCUCCUUUAUGCUGCCACAUGGUAGGCCUUGGCUAUUGACAUGCAGAACAACUAAGAGAGUCUCCCUUGCAGAUCCUGACAAAUGGACAGAUAAUAGUAAUAAAUAAUAAUAAAUUUUAUUUAUACCCCACCCUCCCCGGCCAGAGCCGGGCUCAGGGUGGCUAACAUCAAUAAAAUUUCAGUAAAAACAUAAUAAGGAAAAAGAGAAAAACAGUUUAAAAUACUGGUUAAAAUGCAAUUUUAAAUGCAGCCUCAUUAUAAAAGUCAAAACCAUAAGGGGAGGGAAACGUAAGGGCCAGACUGAGUCCAAACCAAAGGCCAGGCGGAACAGCUCCUUCUUGCAGGCCCUGUGGAAAGAUGUCAAGUCCCGCAGGGCCCUGGUCUCUUGGGACAGAGCGUUCCACCAAGUCGGGGCCAGUACUGAAAAGGCCCUGGCCCUUGUUGAGACCAAUGAAACCAUCUUGCGACUUGGACCUCCAAAGUGUUGUUAUUUGUGGACCUUAAGAUCCUUUGCGGGGCAUACCAGGAGAGGUAGUCCCGUAGGUACGAGAGUCCUAGGCCGCAUUGAGCUUUAAAGGUCAAAACCAGCACCUUGAACCUGACCCUGUCUUCCCCUGGGAGCCAGUGCAGCUGGUAAAGCACUGGAUGAAUGUGAUCUCGCCCAGAUCUGCCCAGGAGAAGCCAUUCUGUCAGGUAACCAGGCUUCAGGCAGUGUCGGGCUUUGUAAGCCAGUAUUGUUACACACCACCCAAAUCUCCUGGUGGUGAGAGAUUCCAGAAGUUCCAGAAGCAGUUACCCAGGUUCUCUUUCCUUGGAAAGAAGGUCAACAGAGAUUGUGUGGUUUUAUCUACACAUUUAUACAGCCUGAGACUAAGGAAGAGGGGUUCUCAGCAUUAACACCCAACAGAUCUUGCUUCUCCAUUAGUCAUGGCUUUGGACCCAGUGUAGAGCAAGCAAGUCUCUGUGUCUCCAGCUUCCAGCCUCUCCACAGCUCUGCUCAGACUCACUACUCUAGCUAUUGCUGGGUGAGGGCAGGGUGUGGGGAAAAGGCCCACCCAUUAGUUUGCAGGGCCCCAUCGCUUAGUUGUAGCUCUUGCAGCAUGGCUCAUUCUUUUGGGAUGGGGUCAGUUCAUGCCAUCAGUGGCCAGUUCAUGCCAUCGUCUUGCAAAGAAACUUGUCUGACUAGGUUUUGGCAACAUCUUUGGCUCCCAGUAUGUUUCUGAGCACAAUUCAAAGUGAUGGUGCUGACCUUUAAAGCCCUAAAUGGCCUUGGCCCAGUAGACCUGAAGGAGCGUCUCCAUCCCCAUCGUUCUACCCGGACACUGAGGUCCAGCUCCGAGGGCCUUCUGGCGGUUCCCUCGCUGCGAGAAGCCAAGUUACAGGGAACAAGGCAGUGGGCCUUCUCGGUAGUGGCACCCGCCCUGUGGAACGCCCUCCCACCAGAUGUCAAAGAGAACAACAAGUACCAGAUCUGAAGGCAACCCUGUUUAGGGACGCUUUUAAUGUUUGAUGUAUUACGGUAUUUUAAUAUUUUGUUGGAAGCUGUCCAGAGUGGCUGGGGAAGCCCAGCCAUAUGGGCGGGGUAUAAAUAAAUUAUUAUUAUUAUUAUUAUUAUUAUUAUUAUAUUAUCUGCAAAGGUGGAGGAGUAAUGGAAAAGACAGGCUUGGGUAUGUGGGGCCAAAUCUCCAUGUGCUGCCCCACCUGUGGCACAUGGCUGGCUCUGCUGCAUGACGGACCCAACCACAAGUAAACGCAGAUGUGCCCUGGCGCAUGAGCCAAGAGAGCAUAACGGCAUCACUGGGUCUGUAUGGGUGGGCGCAGCACAUAGCAGCAAUGUUCUGGUGGGCCAGGGGCACCGGCAGCCAGAGCAGGACCCCCCACAUACACACAUCCCAUGGGAAAAGAAAGUCAUUUUUCAUGCAGCACAUAGUUACGGUAAACUAUGGGGGCCCAACCUAGAUGGUCUCAGAAGAGGAUUGGGCAAACUCAUGGAGGAGAAGAGGGCUGCCCAUGUGCGGUGUGCAAAUUUUAUGAAAUAAAUAAAUGGAAAGGGCAAUAAGACCUUCCAACUACAGGGUAGUUGAUGGUGAAUGUUUAUCUGAAAUACAAUCCUUCCUUUGGAUUCUCUUCAUAUCAAAUCAGUUCUCCCCCUUUAAUAUUUCUGAAGCUUAAUUACAAAAUGGGAACCCUGUCAAAAGCUUCCCUGCCCCCCCUUCAUCAUGCAGCAAGCUAGGUAAGCCCCUCUGACUCCUGUUGACCAGCCCCUGCCGGUCACUUCUGACACCAUGUUGUGGAGGGGACGGCUCUUGAGUCCUUGUCACCACCAGUCAGGGUCACGCCACAUGACCAUGCGUGGGAUCUUGAGAAUGCACUGGGCGCAUGGGAACGUGGGGAGGUUGCCUUCUACCAGACUGGAUCCUUGGUUCCUUCAGCUCAGUACAAUGGUCCCUUGGUUCUCAAACUUAUUCCGUUCCGGAAGUCCAUUCCAAAACCAACACGUUCCAAAACCAAGGCGCGUUUUCCCAUAGAAAGUAAUGCAAAACGGAUCAAUCUGUUCCAGACUUUUAAAAACAACCCCUAAAACAGCAGUUUAACAUGGAUUUUACCAUGGGUAGGCAAACUAAGGCCCGGGGGCCAGAUCCGGCCCAAUCAGCUUCUAAAUCCAGCCCAUGGAGUGUCUGGGAAUCAGCGUGUUUUUACAUGAGUAGAAUGUGUCCUUUUAUUUAAAAUGCAUCUCUGGGUUAUUUGUGGGGCAUAGGAAUUCGUUCAUUUCCCCCCCAAAAAAAUAUAGUCCAGCCCCCCACAAGGUUGAGGGACAGUGGACCGGCCCCCUGCUGAAAAAGGUUGCUGACCCCUGGAUUUUACUAUCUAACGAGAAGACCAUUCAUCCAUAAAAUGAAAGCAAUAAACAAUGUACUGCAGUCACACGAUCUAUCAGUAGCUGAACUGGGUUCCACACAGUCACAAAAACAAAACGAAAAGAGCUGCAAAAACACAAAAUAAAUACCAAAAACAGACAGACCUCAGCGUAAUAUUCAAAACAGAAGCGUAACACUCAAAUUGUCAGCGUAACACUCAAAACGGAAGUGUGGCACUCAAAUCAGAAGCGUAACACUCAAAACGGAGCACGUUCGACUUCUGAAAAAAGUUCGCAAACCGGAACACUUACUUCCAGGUUUGCAGUGUUUGGGUUCCAAGUUGUUUGAGAACCAAGGCGGUUGAGAACAAAGGUACCAGUGUACUAUCAGUACUGACCGUGGGGUCCUCAGACUGGUGGCGGGGGUCUCUCCAGAGAUCUCUUUGGACUGUUGUCCCCAGGCUAUGCAUCUCACUGGCCAACUUUUGACCCUCCUUGCAUGAUUUGGGACAGCUGCGAUGUGUCCUCGACCUCCGAUCAUGCUUCUUGCUUGUCCGGAUAGGGGUUAGAGCUGUUUAGGGUGUGUGUGUGUGUGUGUGUGUGUGUGUGUGUGUGUAGAUUUACCAGUCUACUAUACAAAGAUUUUUUAAAAAAAUAUCACAUUUGUUGCUUUGCCACUUUUGCUUCUGGCUCCCAGCAUGUGGCCCGUGCAAGGCUACCCAGAAUGAACUGCGGCCCUCAGUCUCAAAAAGGUUCAUUAACCCCAGUCUCUGUGGACUGGAAGAUGCUCUGCAAAGCCUCUGGCGAGAGUCUUUCCCAGGCCUACAUGGAGAUGACAGGGAUGGGGGAGGCCUGUCUCUUGGUCCUGCCACCCUCAUAGGUCUGCUUGGUGGGGGUGUGCAAAAGGGGCUUUCUCGGUGGCUGCUCCCAGGCAACUUUGGAACUCCCUGCCUAGAGAAGCCAGCAGGUUAAGACCUUUCUUGUUCCAAUGGGUUUUUUGGGAACUGGCUGCUUUUAAUGAAAGAGCUGUUUCCGUGCUGUUUCCGUAGUAUUAUCUGUAUCCUUAACAGAUUGUGUGUGUCUUAAAUUGCUUUUUAAUUAUUGUCUUUUCCAUGGUUUUAGCUCUUUCUGUUUUGUCUGUAAACAGCCUUGAGUCCGUAUCUGGGGAAAAGGUGGGAUAAAAAUAAUAAAAAUCAAAUAGUAGUAGUAAUAAUAAUAAUAAUAAUAAUAAUAAUAACGAUAAUGCUUUCCACUGUCAAACACCACAACACCCAUUAGUCACAAUCCGCAUGGUGGGUUGAUGGGAGCUGUACUUUCAAACAGGCUGAUCCAACCUCAGCAUCUGGGGCCUUCCUGGAAUAAUUGAACUCCUUGCUUGUACUUCAUGGGAGUUGUAGUCCAAUAACACCUGGCAUCUACCACAUGGACUGCCUCUGAUCUAAUGGUACAUGCACACUGCACAUGGCGACUGGCCUCUGCCACCCAGAGUUUCCGACAAAGGACCCUGAGAACGCAGCUCUGCAAAGCAUUCAGAGGCUUCAAGCGAUUCAUUCCUGGCAAUAAUUCCUGGCUCUUUUCACGCAAGGAGCUGUUAUGAGUCUUGGUAGGAGGUUAACUCACACAUGGCUGAACGGACCCAGGACUGAUUCAUGUAGUGGAAGGCCUUGGGAGGAAAUUAGAAGAAAGCAGGGAGUUGUGUUUUGGAGCUGGUGGUCCCCGGUGGCUUUUUGUAUCAUUAAACGCCACCCUGAUCUCCAAGUGCUGAGAGACUCCUGGGGUUCCAGGCGCAUACUCAGGUUGCGCUUCUUUGGAAUGAAGGUCAGCAGAGACUGUGGUGUCCUUAGGAUAGAUGGUUUUAUCUACCCACACACCCACACAACCUGGGCAUAGGACUGGGGUCUCAGUGCAUUAACCUCCCAACAGAUAUUGCUUCUCCAUCAGUCGCAACUUUGGAACCAGCACAAAGCAAGCAGGUCACUUGUGGAUCCAACUUCUAGCUUGCAUCCGCUCUCUCACACACACCUCUUUGGCUAUUGUUUUCCAACCUAGCAGCUAGGUGAAGGGGGUGGAGGAAAUACCCACCUAUUAGCCCGGGAGGCCCCCUCAGUUAGUUGUAGCUUUCCCAACCGAGCCCAUUCUUUUGGGAUGCUGAUGAGGACACUUAAAUGGCCAGCUAAGGUCACUGUUUUACCAAGGGAUGCGGGUGGCGCUGUGGUCUAAACCACUGAGCCUCUUGGGCUUGCUGAUCGGAAGGUCGGCAGUUCGAAUCCCCGUGAUGGGGUGAGCUCCCAUUGCUCUAUCCCAGCUCCUGCCAACCUAGCAGUUUGAAAGCACGCCAGUGCAAGUAGAUAAAUAGGUACCACUGCGGCGGGAAGGUAAAACAGAGUUUGGAUUUGAUAUCCCGCUUUAUCACUACCCGAAGGAGUCUCAAAGCAGCCAACAAUCUCCUUUCCCUUCCUCCCCCACAACAAACACUCUGUGAGGUGAGUGGGGCUGAGAGACUUCAGAGAUGUUUAACUAGCCCAAGCAGCUGCAUGUGGAGGAGCGGGGAAGCGAACCCGGUUCACCAGAUUAUGAGUCUACCACUCUUAACCACUACACCACACUGGCUGCAACCCCAUAGUCACCUUUGACUGGACUUAACCGUCCAGGGGUCCUUUACCUUUUUUUACUCUUUUACCAAGAAACCUGCGGGUUGGUUCAGCAACAGAAUACUCUAUUAGAUCCUAACCACCACCACCCCUCACCUCAUCUUGUCCAACCCCCAGCAAUGUAGGAAUCACAGCUAAAGAACUCGUAACAGAUGCCCCCCCCAACCUCUGUUUUCAAAUCUCCAGCGGUGAGGAGUUUGCUGCCUUUCAAGAGAGUCCGUUCUGCUCUUACUUUCAGAAAGUUCUUCCUAAUGUUGAGCCGGAUUCUCCUUUCCUAUAGAUCAUGUGCUUUGCCUCUGCACUGAAUGUGCUUUCAGCAUAUGGCGGGGGGUCUGCCCCCUAGGAACUGUUUUGCUCGUGCCGGGAAUAUUGUGCUGCAGGAGUUGAAUCCAAGAACAUCCUUGCAUUAGUUGCUAGCAACACUUAAUGGUGGAGAGCAGACAGCAGAGAGAAAUUGCUCCCCAGGGACCGGCCUGUACCUGCUUGUUUUCACCUUCGCCUCGACUUCUUCCUUCAUCUGUUGGCAGAGCUUAGUUUUUCUUUUCCUUUUUUACCAGAUGGUGCACAUGCCUGUCUUUGUUCCACUCUUUUCCUGGUUCAUUUCUGAUCUCUCUCUUUUUUAAAAAAAAUAAUUUUAAUAGAUUUUUCCUCAUAUUUUUAAAAAUAACUUCAGACUUAUAUAUAAAAUAGCAAACAUUUGGCUACCUACGGCUUCCAUCCUCCUCGGCUGAUGGUUUUCCAACUUACUCUCUGAUAACUGCAUUUUAUUAUUAUAGUUAUAACUAUUAAAUCCUUUUCAUAAAUAAAAAUUAUAAAUUAUACUUUGCAAUAAUUAAUAAAAUCAUCCUUACAAAACUUCUUGUAACCCUACUAGCAAUCUCAGUUGUUUACAGUCGUCUUUCAAAUAUACCAUAAAUUUAUUCCAGUCUUUCAGGAAAGUUUGGUCUUCCUGGUUCUGAAUUUUCCCAGUUAAUUUACCCAACUCGGCGUAGUCCAUCAAUUUUGUCUGCCACUCUUCUUUCGUAGGCAUCUCUUUCUGCUUCCAUUGUUGGGCUAAUAAUAAUCUUGCUGCAGUUGUUGCAUAUAAAAACAGUCUUUUGUCUUGCUUAUGUAUUUCAUUACCUACAAUACCAAGUAGGAAAGCUUCUGGGGUUUUUUUUUGGUUUUUUUUACAAAUGUCUAUUUCACUCUUUUUUCCCUUUUCUUUUUUUUUUGCACAUCUGACCGUCUCAAAGUUAUGCCUGCCUACCUGGGUGUGCACAUACUUAGCAUUAGGCAGAUUUUAAAAUAACAAAAACCUAGCUGGACCAAAACAGUUUACCCUCAAGAUCGCCUUCCCCACAUGAGCCCACACAACUGCUUCAAUGCGUGGCAUUCUUACUGGCGACACAUAGUGCCCAUUACGUAUUUGUAAGAAUUUGAUCAUUCCGCAUGGCAGCACCUGCGCUUUGGAACUCCCUGCCUGUUGAAAUCAGGCAGCCCCCUUCACCCUUCUCUCUUUGGCAAUGCUAAAAACCUUCUUUAGACAAACUUACCCAACAACCCAGAUGCUUAGGAAGUUGUUGAUUUUAAUCCGUUUUUGUAUUUUAGCUUUUGUCUGUUUUAAGGUACAGUUGAGGGGCAUGGGUGGUGCUGUGGGUUAAACCACAGAGCCUAGGACUUGCCGAUCAGAAGGUUGGCGGUUUGAAUCCCCGCGACGGGGUGAGCUCCCGUUGCUCGGUCCCUGCUCCUGCCAACCUAGCAGUUCGAAAGCACAUCAAAGUGCAAGUAGAUCAAUAGGUACGGCUCCAGCGGGAAGAUAAACGGCGUUUCCGUGUGCUGCUCUGGUUCGCCAGAAGUGGCUUAGUCCUGCUGGCCACAUGAUCCGGAAGCUGUACGCCGGCUCCCUCGGCCAAUAAAGCGAGAUGAGCGCCGCAACCCCAUAGUCGGCCAUGACUGGACCUAAUGGUCAGGGGUCCCUUUACCUUUACCAUGAGCUAUACAUGUCCAUAGGGACGCGGGUGGCAUUGUGGGUUAAACCACAGAGCCUAGGGCUUGCUGAUCAGAAGGUUGGCGGUUCGAAUCCCCGCAACGGGGUGAGCUCCCGUUGCUUGGUCCCAGCUCCUGCCAACCUAGCAGUUUGAAAGCAUGUCAAAGUGCAAGUAGAUAAAUAGGUACCGCUCUGGCGGGAAGGUAAAUGGUGUUUCUGUGCACUGCUCUGGUUCAUACUGCUGGCCACAUGACCCGGAAGCUGUACGCCGGCUCCCUCAGCCAAUAAAGCAAGAUGAGCGCCGCAAACCUAGAGUCGUCCACGACUGGACCUGACGGUCAGGGGUCCCUUUACCUUUUUAAGGCACAGUUGUAAUAUAUAUUUUUAUUUUCUUGUUUGCAUCUUUUUGUAAACAGCUUUGAGACUUGUUUGUUUUUAAGGUAAAACUGGGUAUAAAUUUUAUGAAACAAACAAACAAACAAACAAACAAACAAACAAACAAACAAACAAACCCUAAAGGGCAUCUACCUAGAACCCUAGAUCUUUUUCACAUGUACCGUUAUCAAGGCAGGUGUUUCCCCAUCCUAUAUCUGUGCAUCUGGUUUCCCUAGCCUAAGGGCAGGACCUUACACUUGCCCCUACUGAAAUUCAUUUUGUUAGCUUGUGUCCAGUUCUCCAGUCUGUGAAGGUCGUGUUGCAGAAUCCUGUUCAAAUCUCUCACACAGAUCUUAGGCAUCCUUCUAUCCAUUUUCUCAGUAGACCCACAGGAGAGCUCAGAGUCAAUUCCCUGGGGGUCAAUUUCUUUUCUUAUCCACAAGGCUAACCUUAUCAGAAGACCUGAGACUUGCUUGGCUGCCAGAGAAAAUGAGCCUCUUUUCCACUGCCGAGUCAUUUAAGCAACUUUGGCACUGCUCCCGCUCCGCCUCCCUCCUUUGCCAAGCGGGCAAGACAUCUGACGGAGGGUCAGAAUUUGCUGGGUGGUCACAAAUGUGCAGCUCAAGGGACUGUGGUGGUGACUUGACAAGCUGAGAAGGAUUUGCUUUGUCUUCCCGUUACAUCAGCCAGCCUGUCCUCGCCCCUAGGCAGCAGAACCACCUUGCCCAGCUGGUGCCAAGGACUGUCCUGGCAUCAGUGGACUGGUGGCAUUUUGGAUUACAUUAAUGGGAGCCUCUCAUCUGGGAUGCGGGACUCUUAUCUGGGACGCGGGUGGUGCUGUGGGUUAAACCACAGAGCCUAUGGCUUGCCAAUCAGAAGGUCGGCAGUUCAAAUCCCCACAACGGGGUGAGCUCCCAUUGCUCGGUCCCUGCUCCUGCCAGCCUAGCAGUUCAAAAGCAAGUCAAAGUGCAAGUAGAUAAAUAGGUACCACUCCGGCGGGAAGGUAAACGGCGUUUCCGUGUGCUGCUCUGGUUUGCCAGAAGUGGCUUACUCAUGCUGGCCACAUGACCCGGAAGCUGUACGCCGGCUCCCUCGGCCAGUAAAGCGAGAUGAGCACCGCAACCCCAGAGUCGUCCGCGACUGGACCUAAUGGUCAGGGGUCCCUUCACCCUUUACCUUUUAAUGGGAGCCUCUUAUCUGGGACUUGGGGGGGGGCAAUAAUAAUGAUGUGGGUUUGGGGGGGGUCAGUCUGCAUGACACCCUUGGCUCCCUUCCAAUUCUUGGGGUCCUGUGCCCAGUGAGAGUUAGAACCCAAUAGAGGACUCCAUUGCUGAACUAGCCAGAAAAGUUUCUUUGUAAGAGAGUGACCUUAUCUGGCCACAAGUGUCCUCACCAACAUCCCAAAAGAAGGAAUCAGGUUGCAAGAGCUAUAACCAAGGCUAACGGGUGUGCCUUUACUGCCCCCCUCACCUAAUUACUAGUUGGGAGAACAAUCGCCAAAGGGUUUUACGUGAGCUGAGCUAGAAAGUGGCGAGAAGAUGGAGACACAGAGAUCAAACUGCUCUUUGGUGGAUCAAAAGCUGUGUGUAAUAGAGAAGCAAGAUCUGUUGGAGUGUUAAGCAACCAGUCAUUUUAUUUGUAUGCCACCUCUCCAAACAUAAAACCAUCCUCAAGGUGGCUUACAAAAUAUGAACAAUUACAUAAUUACAAACGUAGCAAAAGUAGUCAUAUACAAUAAAUAAAAUAUCAAAAAGCACACAACCAAACAGAGCGAUUUCCACAUAAACCAUAAGAUCUAAACUAAAGAUACCGAAAAUUAAUACAGUCGUACCUUGGAAGUCAAACUGAAUCCAUUCCAGAAGUCCGUUCGACUUCCAAAAUGUUUGAAAACCAAAGCGUGGUUUCUGAUUGGCUGCAGGAAGCUCCUGCAGCCAAUUGGAAGCUGUGGAAGCCCCAUCAGAUGUUUGGCUUCCAAAAAUAGUUCCCAGACUGGAACAGUCGCUCCCAGGUUUGUGGUGUUCAGGAGCCAAAACGUUCAAGAACUAAGCUGUUCAAAAACCAAGGUACGACUGUAUCAGUAGCAACAACAAACCUACCCAACGAAAACCCCUAAACAAUCCCCUAGCUCAUGCAUAGGCAAACUCGGCCCUCCAGAUGUUUUGGGACCUCAACUCCCAUCAUCCCUAGCUAACAGGACCAGUGGUCAGGGAUGAUGGGAAUUGUAGUCCCAAAAAAUCUGGAGGGCCAAGUUUGGGGAUGCCUGCCCUAGCCCAAGAGUCUGUUCAGCAGCCUCAGCUUUUGUAGCUGGAGUCCGUCUGGGCCCCUCCCUCCCAGGCCAUGUGGGAAAAAGCCUGCAAGGCAGGGAGCAGGUCUUAAUGCACUGAGCUUAUGUACCUCAUGUUCCGGUUCUAUAUAUUUGCAAAUAAAACCAGAUCUCCUGAAGACGCCACUGUCUCCGAUGAGCUUCAUUCUAAGGAAGCCAAACCUGGGUAAGCGCCCAGAACCCCAGAAGUCUCUCGGAGAUUGGGGUGGCAUGUAACAAAACUAACAACACAGCUGUGCCUGGAGUCCUGUCUCUGGCCUGUCUUGUCAGUUUGUCCCUUUCAGACUCUAGUGGGCAGUUCCUUCUCAUUUUAUCCUCUUCCCCGACUGAAGAAAACGACUUCAGAAGGCUGGAAACUUCCAAGGGGCCCAGUCCUCCUUGUCAGGCUACACCAGUGGCAACCAAAAUUUUUUGGGGGGAGGCUCCCCCUCAGUUCCAUAAACCCAGGGGGUUUUUUUCCAGCCGGAACUCCCCAGAACUCAAUUCUGGCACCUCUCAGGUGGGCGCCAUUGCCAUUCUAAGAGAACGAGUUAGGCCAGGGGUUGGCAAGGCUUACUGGGCAUGGGCCUGCGGAGAUCCUCCGUGGGCUGUACCGGCGCAGCGCAAUGCCAGAAAACACAUUUGCGCAUGUCCGUGGCGCCGGAAACCACUUCUGUGCAUGCCCAGACGCCGAAAUCGCGCCUGCACAGAAGUGAUUUCCGGCAUCUGGGCAUGUGCAGAAGCGAUUUCUGGAGCCGCUGAAGAGAGUCUCCGCACUUCGCUGCGCCGGUUUAGCGCAGCACACGGGGACUCGCCAAGUGGGCGACUCAUGGGUUGGUUAAAUGGCCUCCAUGGGCCACUUUUGGCCCAUGGGCCUUAGGUUACCGACCCCUGAGUUGGGCGUUCAUGGUGAGUUCCAGCACCUCUUUUUCUAGAAAAAUAGCACAGCAUAAACCCAUCCCCAGGGCCCCCUACCCGAUAAAAAAAGCAUUAUUCCAAAUAGCGGUUUGCACGACCCACUAAGGAAGAUAACAACACAAAGAAAUUCAAAACAGGAAGAAUCAAUUGCACCUUUAGUCAAACUCCAGUUAAAACUACUUCGUUUAAUUAAUUCAGCUAAACUGAACUUGAUCCAGCGGCGCCAGCUAUUACCAAUAAUUGGCUAUCUUGUGAUGACUCAGAAUCGUAAAUGGCCAAAGGAAAUGGUUUUGAAAGCGACGACGGCAGAAAAACUUUAUAUAUAUAUAUAUUGGUUUUACAUAAUUUUAUACAUUUUAACUUUCACCAUUUCAAAGAUUAAAAUAAAAGGUUCUUUUGAACCUUGGGCCUGCUUCCCUCCCUCCCUGGGUUCCGUAUUUAAAAUUAGAUUUUCUGCAACUUUCACCAUUAUCCAUCUGUUACAUAUCCAUAGUUACUGUAGUUAAUUCCACAUUACAAGUGACAUCACAUUCCUGCCAAUGAUUUUAACUGUUUACAGUGGUCUUUUGAGUAAAUUAGGAAUUUACUCCAGUCUUUUAAAAAUACUUGAUCUUCCUGGUUUCUGAUCUUCCCCGUCAGUUUCGCCAUCUCUGCAUACUCCAUCAGUUUCGUCUGCCAUUCUUCUCUGAGCAGCAACAAGCAACAUGUCGGCUAAUAAUGUACUGACAAUAUCUUUAUAACACUAUACUGUUUCAGAAUUCAUAAACAGAAGACAUGUAAUAUGUGCAUGGAGUCACAAACUAAUAAGAAUCAAAUAAAUGUUCCAUGAACAGGAAUGGUAGGAGUGGUAAGUCACUGUCAAAGAUCCCUGAAAUGGAUUAAUAGGCCCCAAAAGUAUAUCAAAUACAUCAGCUUACUGCACUUUUUAGUGAUAACUGAUCCAUGGCCAUUUGAUGUACUUUUGGGGACUAUUAUUUUGCUGAUGAAGAUUGAAACAGUUCGUUACCUUGGAAGAACUGUUCUGUCUGCUGCUGUGCCCAGAGCUCCCUAUUAUGGCGUUCGGAGCACCCAUCAUCUCAUGUUUGUAGGAUAUUGACUGUGGAAAGGCCUUCUGCCUCCAUUUCAGUGAUCCUUGACGGUGAUUUACCACUCCUACCAUUCCUGUUCAUGGAACAUUUAUUCGAUUUUUAUUAGUUUGUGACUCUGUGCACAUACUAUAAGUCUUCUGUUUAUGAAUUUUGAAGCAGUAUAGUGCCGACAAAAAUCCGUAUAGUUAAAGCUAUGGUGUUCCCAAUAGUGAUGUAUGGAAGUGAGAGCUGGACCAUAAAGAAGGCUGAUCGCCGAAGAAUGGAUGCUUUUGAAUUAUGGCGCUGGAGGAGACUCAUGAGAGUCCCAUGGACUGCAAGAAGAUCAGACCUCUCCAUUCUGAAGGAAAUCAGCCCUGAGUGCUCACUGGAAGGACAGAUCGUGAAGCUGAGGCUCCAGUACUUUGGCCACCUCAUGAGAAGAGAAAACUCCCUGGAAAAGCCCCUGAUGUUGGGAAAGAUGGAAGGCACAAGGAGAAGGGGACAACACAGGACGAGAUGGUGGGACAGUGUUCUCGAAGCUACCAGCAUGAGUUUGACCAAACUGCGGGAGGCAGUGGAAGACAGGAGUGCCUGGCGUGCUCUGGUCCAGGGGGUCACAAAGAGUCGGACACGACUAAACAACUAAACAACAACAACAAUGGUGUUAUACAAAUAUUGUCAGUACAUUAUUAGCCAAUGUGUUGCUUGUUGUUGUUCAGAGUGUUCUGUUUUGCAACACAGGUGAUUUUCUUGCCAGUGUGGUGUAGUGGUUAGGAGCGGUAGACUCAUAAUCUGGUGAACCGGGUUCGCGUUCCCGCUCCUCCACCUGCAGCUGCUGGGUGACCUUGGGCCAGUCACACUUCUCUGAAGUCUCUCAGCCCCACUCACCUCACAGAGUGUUUGUUGUGGGGGAGGAAGGGAAAGGAGAAUGUUAGCCGCUUUGAGACUCCUUCGGGUAGUGAUAAAGCGGGAUAUCAAAUCCAAACAACAACUCCUCCUCCUCCUCCUCCUCCUCCUCCUCCUCCUCUUCUUCUUCUUCUUCUUCUUCUUCUUCUUCUUCUUCUUUGGUGUAUUCCUCUCUGAGGGCAGUAAAACUUUCAAUAAGAAUUGAGGAAGGUGUUUUGCUCUAUACCCUCUAGCAUGGCCCAUAAUAAAUAAGCAAUCAACGUCCUCAGAGGGUCUGUCCCCAGCGCCCCCUGCCACCCCCAUUGCCUCUUAGUACCCUCCUAGGUAAUUCUCCUCCAAGACAUGGAAAUCCCCACUUUGGGUACUACUGGGCUCCACUGACUGCCUAAUCCCGAGAGAGAGAGAGAGCUCACUGGGCACCAAGCUCACCCACGCUUCCUAAAUCCUGAUGUGCAGUUCAUUGCUCAGUGGUAGUGAGUGACGUACACUCCGCACAUGCUCAGCACUGCUCUUCUUUGCCAUCGGGUCCCCUUUGUUUUGCCAGUGCUGAGUCUGACCCUGAAAACCGGAUUCAAGCCUCAGCUUAAAUGAAACCUUGGCGUUGCUACUGCUGACCGUUUGAGUUGCAGGCUAACGCUUUUCUCUCUUCAAGAGGCUGGAAAGCACUGCAAGCUAUUAGAGGAGGCAGGGCAAGCACAGAGCUUAAUAAAUCAGGAGAGGAAGAUGGAUCUGGCACAGGUCCCAUUGGGCAGAUUCUUACCUCUGCCGCUAACCUCUGCAGCAUCAGACGCUGGAUGAGUGAGGGAGCAGGCAGGGUGGAUCUGAGAGGAAGAGGAAGAGGCAAGAUCGAGUUUUGGACUAUGUACGCAACUCCCAUCAUCUUCAGCUGUGGCUGGCUGGGCCUGAUGGAAAUUGUAGUUCAGAACACCUAGAGGGUGUCGGGUUGCGGAGGAUGCCAGAAGAUGGAAGCAGGUCAUCCAAGGUGGUGAGGGGGGAUGGGCCCUUUCGCUCAGGCCUCGCCCGUCCACUGCCACCAGAUUUAAUAAGAGCAUGAAAAGAGCAUAAAAAGAGCCAGAUUUAAUAAGAGCAUAAAAAGAGCCACGGGAUCAGGCCCGUGGCCCAUCUCAGUGCCGGAUUUACGUAUAAGCUAAACAAGCUAUAGGUUAGGCCCCCCAAAAAAAUUAAAGGGGAAAAAAGAACUGGAUGUACAUUUCCAAAAUAUAAGAUAAAAAACCAAUAAAAUAAAACCUACAUACAGCAACAUUGUUUGUGUGUUGUGUAGGCUCCUGUGAUGUAAGUCAUGGGCCCCGCCUGCUAGCCUGCUCCCUAAAAUAUCAUUGGGUGGCUCCUUUCUAUAUAUAGGGUGCCUGAGUCUAGGGCUUGCCGAUCAGAAGGUCGGUGGUUCAAAUCCCCGCGACGGGGUGAGCUCCCGUUGCUCAGUCCCUGCUCCUGCCAACCUAGCAGUUCGAAAGCACGUCAAAGUGCAAGUAGAUAAACAGGCACCGCUCCGGCGGGAAGGUAAAUGGCGUUUCCGUGUGCUGCUCUGGUUCGUCAGAAGCGGCUCAGUCAUGCUGGCCACAUGACCCGGAAAAACUGUCUGCGGACAAACUCCGGCUCCCUCGGCCAGUAAAGCAAGAUGAGCGCCGCAACCCCAGAGUCGGUCACGACUGGACCUAAUGGUCAGGGGUCCCUUUACCUUUACAUUCUGCAUGGACUGGUUGCAACAUGUGCAAAUGGCUUGAGAUACCUAUUAGGUCCAUCAAUUACCAUAUAGCAUAUAUUCAACACAAAAAACAGCAACCAUUUGUUGUGGACAAAGAACAGCUGGACAUUAAGGGCCCCAUUACCUUCAGUAGCUGAGGGCCUCAUCAAACCUCAAUCUUGCCCAUCUCUUCCAGCAUCCUGUUCUUACAGCAGCUGAACAGUUGCAUGUGCUGUGGGAAACCAGCAAGCAGGAUCCGAGCGCAAGAACACCUCUUCCCCACUGAAGUUUCCAGCAACUGGGAUUCAGAAGCAUCGCUGUCUCCCACUGUGGAGGCAGAACACAGCCUUCCUGACUAGCAAGCGUCCCAAAAUCCAACUCUUCUGGACAUCAAUCAUACCAGAAAUAUGCAAAAUAACUAAGCAAGUGUUAGAAGUCACCCCAGAACUGGCCCUACUGAACAUCUUCCCAGACAAUAAUGCCCACUCACAUCAUAAAGAACUCAUAGCCCACCUACUCUCAGCAGCCAGAAACAUCAUAGCUGGAGAGACCUGUCAGGAAUAAGCAUGGACCAAUGGUAUCAAAUAGUACAGUGGUACCUCGGGUUAUGUACUUAAUUCGUUCUGGAGGUCCGUUCUCAACCUGAAACUGUGCUUAACCUGAAGCACCACUUUAGCUAAUGGGGCCUCCUGCUACUGCCGGAGCACGAUUUCUGUUCUCAUCCUGAAGCAAAGUUCUUAACCCGAGGUAAUAUUUCUGGGUUAGCGGAGUCUGUAACCUGAAGCGUAUGUAACCUGAAGUGUAUCUAACCUGAGGUACCACUGUAUGGGAAACAGCCUUAUUAGAAAAACUAACCAGUAAACUGAAACUGACAUGGGGACAAAUAGAAGAGGAUGCCUUUGCCCUGGUAUGGGUCCCCUUUAUCACAUAUGUAGCCCAACAAGACAACGAUGAGAAUCCGCCGACAGCAUACAAAUCAAUCUGGCUAACCUGAUCCAAAUACACACACACACACACACACACACACACACAUCUCACUAUAGCCAACCAAAGACAAGCAACCACACCCUAGGCCAGGGGUCAGCAAACUUUUUCAGCAGGGGGCUGGUCCACUGUCCCUCAGACCUUGUGGGGGGCUGGGCUAUAUUUGGGGGGGGGGUAUGAACGAAUUCCUAUGCCCCACAAAUAACCCAGAGAUGCAUUUUAAAUAAAAGCACACAUUCUACUGAUGUAAAAACACGCUGAUUCCCGGACCAUCUGCGGGCUGGAUUGAGAAGGCGAUUGGGUCGGAUCCAGCCCCUGGGCCUUAGUUUGCCUACCUCUGCCCUAGGCCACCCCUAACCUCUCUCACUACCAAGGAAAUACAACAAGCGAAUAGUAAGAGAACCCCCACAAGUGACGCUGACACAAAACCCCACAAAUACACUAAGUAGAAGAAAAGAAUUUUUACUUUCUUGGGCUCCAUGAUCACUGCAGAUGGUGACAGCAGCCACGAAAUUAAAAGACGCCUGCUUCUUGGGAGAAAGGCGAUGGCAAACCUAGACAGCGUCUUAAAAAGCAGAGACAUCACCUUGCCAACAAAGGUCCGUAUAGUUAAAGCUCUGGUUUUCCCAGUAGUGAUGUAUGGAAGUGAGAGCUGGACCAUCAAGAAGGCGGAUCGCCGAAGAAUGAAUGCUUUUGAAUUCUGGUGCUGGAGGAGACUCUUGAGAGUCCCAUGGACUGCAAGAAGAUCAAACGUAUCCAUUCUUAAGGAAAUCAGCCCUGAGUGCUCACUGGAAGGACAGAUCGUGGAGCUGAGGCCCCAAGACUUUGCCCACCUCCUGAGAAGAGAAGACUCCCUGGAAAAGACCCUGAUGUUGGGGAAGAUGGAGGGCACAAGGAGAAGGGGACGACGAGAUGGUGGGACAGUGUUCUCGAAGCUACCAGCAUGAGUCUGACCAAACUGUGGGAGGCAGUGGAAGACAGGAGUGCCUGGCGUGCUCUGGUCCAGGGGGUCACGAAGAGGCGGACACGACUAAACGACUCAACAACAACAAGAAGAAUCCCACCCCACUCACCAUUCCCCCUUCCCCCUCUUCCCCCCUCUUUUCUUCCUAACCUAACACUGUAUGCAACACUUAUGCUUUGCAACAAAUAAAACUGACAAAUAAAACAAAUAAAACACAACUUGAAAAAAGAGACAAUGCAUGUAUUUUUGUAAACUAAGAAAUCAUAUAUAUAUAUAUAUAUAUCCCAUUCCUCCAUGAAUUUUUCCAAUCCCUUUUUAGGUUAGCAGCCAUGACUGCUCCCUGUGGCAGUGAGUUCCAUAGUUUAUGCGCCAUCCAAAGUAGUGCUUUCUUUUAUCUGUCCUGAACCCCAUCAACGUCCAGCUUCGUCGGAUGUCCUUAUGGGACGUCCAUCAUGCCACGCAGAUGCGUGCCCCUUGCCCCUUGCCCCUUGCAGGGGAGGUCUGCAGCUGACAUUGGGGCAGCCCAGCUCCACCGGAAUCUCUGGCGCUUCUACAGCAGCCAAGCAUUUCUCUGGUUAUAUAAAGCCUGUGGUUAACAUACGUGAGGAUUUGCGGGAAAAUCGUAUUACUACUGUGAAAAUGUUAAUUGCAAGAAACAUUAAUGACGGCAUGUCGGGCAAUUAAGGCCUGGCUGGCGCAGAGAGCUCAGGGCUUGGCAAGGAGGUGUGGAAGGCAGAUGAGAUAACGGGUUUAUCUAAGGAGCAGAAGAAAUGCCAGAUGUAUCAGAAACAGUACAUUCUGAUGAUUGUUGUUUUUUUAGACCUGUGGUUCCCAAACCUUUUGUGGCCACUGCCUCGUCGGUUCCAUAAUCUCACCCCAAAUGUCCCACAAAAAAUAAUAAUUCAGAACAGUGCUUUGCUUCAGACCUACUCAGGAAGAUAACACCCCCCCCCCACGAAAUUCAGAACAAGAAAUUGCACAUUUAUGUAGGAUCCGGUUAAAACUAGUUACCUUGAUUAAGGCAACAAAAUGGAUGAACUGGAUGCUGGGAUACCAGCUUUUCGAUGUCUCAUAGCCGUUUACACCUCCAGUGCUUCCCCCCAUCGCUGACACCCCUUGCCUCUUAGAGCCCCCCCCCCACUUUGGGAACUGCUGGCUCAGAUCGUAAGCUGCUCAAGUUGUUCUGCAGAGAUGCAGGGAUGCUGCAAGCGUGAUGUACUUAAUAACACAUGGGAUAAUGAAGGAAGAUGGAGGGCGGCUGCUGUUUUGUCUGCAAGGAAGAGAGCACAGCUGGGGGUCUCCCAAUUGCUUUCCCCACCCCACUGAGCCAGUGAGUUGGGAGAAGGACGGGCGUAUAAUUAUCUCGCCCCCCACAAAGGACCACUAUUUCUCUCUGGGUCCACCACCUGGGAGAGGAUUGAGAGAGACUUUUGCUGCGUGGGCAGAGAUAUUUUGCAUUUGUGCAAAAGAUGAAUUCACCUUCUAAGAUAAAACGAUGAUGCAGGUGGGGAGGCUCAGCUGGUUAGAGCAUAGGUAGGCACGGCAGCUAAAAAAGCCAAUGCAAUUCUGGGCCUCAUCAAUAGGAGUAUAGCAUCUAGAUCAAGGGAAGUAAUAGUGCCACUGUAUUCUGCUCUGGUCAGACCUCACCUGGAGUACUGGGUCCAGUUCUGGGCACCACAGUUCAAGAAGGACACUGACAAACUGGAACGUGUCCAGAGGAGGGCAACCAAAAUGGUCAAAGGCCUGGAAACGAUGCCUUAUGAGGAACGGCUAAGGGAGCUGGGCAUGUUUAGCCUGGAGAAGAGGAGGUUAAGGGGUGAUAUGAUAGCCAUGUUCAAAUAUAUAAAAGGAUGUCACAUAGAGGAGGGAGAAAGGUUGUUUUCUGCUGCUCCAGAGAAGCGGACAUGGAGCAAUGGAUCCAAACUGCAAGAAAGAAGAUUCCGCCUAAACAUUAGGAAGAACUUCCUGACAGUAAGAGCUGUUUGACAGUGGAAUUUGCUGCCAAGGAGUGUGGUGGAGUCUCCUUCUUUGGAGGUCUUUAAGCAGAGGCUUGACAACCAUAUGUCAGGAGUGCUCUGAUGGUGUUUCCUGCUUGGCAGGGGGUUGGACUCGAUGGCCCUUGUGGUCUCUUCCAGCUCUAUGAUUCUAUGAUUCUAAGGCCUGGGGGCCGGAUCUGGCCCAAUCGCCUUCUAAAUCCGGCCCGCAGAUGGUCCGGGAAUCAGCAUGUUUUUACAUGAGUAGAAUGUGUCCUUUUAUUUAAAAUGCAUCUUUGGGUUAUUUGUGGGGCAUAGAAAUUCGUUCAUCUUUUCCCCCCAAAAUAUAGUCCUGCCCACCAUAUGGUCUGAGGGACAGUGGACCGGCCCCCUGCUGAAAAAGUUUGCUGACCCCUGGGUUAGAGAGUCCAGGGAGGGGUGGGUCUGUUCCGCUGCCAAACAGCUUUGGGAGAGUCCUCCCAGGCCUGAGAUUCUUAGAGCUAGAGGAAAACGUUUGGCUAAUUUAUGGAAGAGCAGGGAGGGAGACUGGGCUUAGGCUGUGAGUGAGAAGGCUGAACUGUUGAGAGAAGCUCUGGGACAGCUGAUUAGGUAGAGUAUGAGGCUGUUAAUCUCUGCAUUGUGGGUUCAAGACCCGUGUUGAGCAAAAGAUUCCUGAAUUGCAGGGGUUGGACUAGAUGACCCUCGUGGUCCCUUCCAGCUGUAUGAGUCUUCUAAUGGAUGAAGCAGCAUCUUAAGAACACUUUUUUUGCAGGGGGUUGGACUAGAUGACCCUUGGGUCCCUCCCAACUCUGCAAUUCCAUGAUUCUAAGAUAGAGCAGCAUUUUUCAGGGCGGUUAAGAUCCAUUUUGAAUUUAAUGUUGAGAUGCCUGGAGCCUUCCUGGUGGUCCCUUAUUCCAUGGUCCUGCCCAGUGCCAGAUUUACGUUUAAGCUAAACAAGCUAUAGUUUAGGGCCCAACUCUCUUGGGGGCCCCAAAAAAAAUUAAAAGGAAAAAAGAACUGGAUGUACAUUUCCAAAAUAGAAGAGAAAAAGCUAAUAAAAUAAAACCUACAUACAGGUACAGUGUUUUGUGUUGUGUAGACUCCUAUGAUAUAAGUCAUGGGCCCCGCCUGCUAGCCUGCUCCCUCAAAUAUCACUGGUUUGCUCCUUUCUAUAUAUAGGGUGCCUACAUUCUGCAUGCACUGGUUGCAUGGCAACAUGUGCAAAUGGCUUGAGAUACCUAUUGUUGUUGUUUAGUCGUUCAGUUGUGUCCGACUCUUUAUGACCCCCUGGACCAGAGCACGCCAGGCCCUCCUGUCUUCCACUGCCUCCUGCAGUUUGGUCAAACUCAUGCUGGUAGCUUUGAGAACACUGUCCAACCAUCUCGUCCUCUGUCGUCCCCUUCUCCUUGUGCCCUCCAUCUUUCCCAACAUCAGGGUCUUUUCCAGGGAGUCUUCUCUUCUCAUGAAGUGACCAAAGUAUUGAAGCCUCAGCUUCAGGAUCUAUCCUUCCAGUGAGCACUCAGGGCUGAUUUCCUUCAGAAUGGAGAGGUUGGAUCUUCUUGCAGUCCAUGGGACUCUCAAGAGUCUCAAGAGUGAUCGACCUGGAGCAGAAACCGGCAAGCCACUCCCGUAUCCCUGCCAAGAAAACUCCAUGGACUCUUGAGAAUCUUGAGAUACUUAUUAGGUCCAUAAAUUACCAUCUAGCAUAUAUUCCACAGAAAAAACAGUGACAAUUUGUUGUUGACAAAGGACAGCUGGACAUAUGAAGGGCCCCAUUACCUUCAGUAGCUGAGGGCCGAAAUCCAGCCCUAUCCCUGCCCCUGUCCCCCAUCUCACAAAGUUCCACUAACAGGCACCCCCUCUCUCCUCUCUCUUCUCCAGGCCUCCUCAGGACAUCAGCCUCGAGGAAUUUGAUGACGAAGAUCUGUCUGAGAUCACCGACGACUGUGGCAUCGGCCUUAACUACGACUCGGACCACUAUGAGAAGGUGAGAGGGGCAGUGGACGGGGUCAAGGAGGGAUCGGUGGCAUUUGGACACCAGAUCUGUCACCGACGUCCUCUUUCUUGCAGAAGCCCCAGAGCCCAGCUCUGUGGGAGCUCCACAACUUGCAGCUCCUCUGCUCCCGAAUAACUCUCAAAACUUUUGUUUCCCGGGUUUUCCUUUUGCUUUCAAUGAAAAUAGGAAUGUCAGAAUCUUCCUGCUGGAUCAGGCCAGCCUGAUACACAAGUGGGAUGCAACAGCAAUAGCCUCCUCCCCCUCUUGCUGGCUGCCAUCCUCAAGUAGACUGGCUCUGUCCAUGGAGGUUCCAUUUAGGAAUCACGAGAAACUAAGGAGAGCCCUGCAACAGCUUGGCCAGGCCAAAGGGGUCCUGUCUCACAGUGGCCAAGUGGAUUCAAGCCUUUAUCAGGAGAAACUGGCCACUCUCCAGGCACCCGGCUUGAUCUCCUGUUGACCUCCCUGUCUGCAUUCCCGGCAGGACCCAGGCUAGGUCGCGAUAGGCGAUCCUCCUCAGCGUGAGAAGAACACAUCCCCUCUCUUUCCUGCCCCCCCUGGGCAGGGGAGAGAGAUAGACAGAAACGUAUUUACAUUCCUUUAUUUCUGUCUUUGCAGCGUUACAAAAAUCAUGUCUGCUCUCAUCAAGCUUCAGCAGUCGAGAGACAACCUCCUCCUGUACUUCCUGUACAGCUCAUAUUACACUCUGAGCUAAUUCCGGUGCUCUCUGCACUGUGAAUUGACUGUCCCUCUGUUUCCCACGGAACAGUCCCAACAUUCCCAUUAUGUUUUGCUUUCAAGCUACCAGCUCGCGGCCGCAUUGCUUCUAUAUCGUAACAUACUCCCCCAUAUGAAUCAAUGUGCGCUGCGAGCAAAGCGUGAUCCAGAGAAGAAAACAAACAGUUGUUAUACAUAUAACACUUGCCUGUUGUUUCAGUUCCACCCUUGGAACUACCCGCCACUGGUUUCCCCAGUGUACCUCUCUGGUUGUCUGUCUUCCAAGGAAUGAGUGCAUCUGCAUUACCUUGGCUAGGGAAUGUUGUGUUACGCUUAGCAACUCCCUGUUGUGUCUUUGUCUCUGACUUAUACACACCUUCAGCCUGUCUUGAGUUGUCAACAAUAGUAACACAUGCUACAGCUGAGUUAGCAAACUCUUUUGAAUACCUCUUGGGUGGUACACCCUUUGUAACUCUCUCAGACCUGCGUAUGAGGUGCUGAUCCUCUCUGCUCACUGGUUCAGUCUCAGGACUCUUUGGAGAACCAGUUCCAAUAGUAAACAGUGGUUCAUCCUUCACCUGUGAAGGUCUUUCCAUUGUGUGAGAUUUCCUCUCAAUGACUGUGUCAACUGAGCUCUUUGAGCUAGUACUGUCACUCUCAGUACCACUGUAAUCAGUAAAAUCAUCAUCAUCAUCUGAACUGUCCUCAGUGGGAAAUGUGUGAACAAUUACUCUCUCCUGUUCAGGAGCACUCUCUAGAAAUUUUGUGAGAAUCACUUGACCAGAUUCAGACAAAAUUACUCUGUAGAGACCCUUUUCAUAACCCACAAAAAUGCCUCUAGCAUUCUUUACUCCACCUGGAGCUUCAGUCUUCACAUGAGACCCAAAAACCUUAAAAUGGGCAACAGAAGGUUUUCUGUGGAAUAGCUUUUCAAAAGGAGAACAUCCUAAACCUUUUGAAACUUUUCUCACCCAACUGUAACAAAAACACAUUAACGAUUCCGCCCAAUAAUCAUGUGGCAAAUGUGAACUCAGCAAUUGUGCCUUCAUGCCAUUUUGCAAUUCUUUGUUCACUUGCACACAGACACUUCUGUUCCAUGCUUCUGCAGAAACAGCAGUCUUGUGCCUUAUGCCUCGCUUAUCCAGGAAAUCCUGAAAAUCCUGCAAAAGAAAAACUGGCUUUUCAUCUGUGAAAAGACAAUCAAUGUUAGCAUUAUGAACAUUUUUAACCUUGUCACAAAACUCUUUAAACCUUUCUAAGGCUUCUUGUGGUUUCUGCAAUAUAUAUACCCACACAUAAUGAGAGAAAUAAUCCACACACACAAGAUAAUAUCUUGCAUUGCCUCUAGACGGUGCUAGAGGACCAAUCACAUCAGCAUACACUCGCUGAAAAGCUUUGGUUACUUGCGUCGUCUUUUGGACGUUUUUCGACACACCUGCGAGAGAAAUCAUGUUAGAAUCAGAUGCAUUACAAUAUAUGCAAUCACUUUGAUCAAAAGUCAACAAAUACAGUCCCAAACCCGGUCGCUUUCAGCUCCUGACCGUUGGCUUGUUUCACAGUGAAGCUUUGCUUCUUAAACGUUGAAAACAGUCCUCGCCGCGACGUCAUGUGUUGUGUCGCUCCAGUGUCCAAAAUAAACACGUUCUCCGUUGAAAAUGCGGCUUUUGUUGACAGCAAUACCUUUGCAGGUUUCACCUGGGACUUGGUACGACUUUUGCCUGACACCUCAGGCCUUGCAGAGCUCCCCUUAGCUCCUUUCUGUUGACGUGGCUUCUUACAAUUCCGCUGAAGAUGCCCAGUCUGUCCACAAUUGAAACAACGGACAACGUUCAAAGCAACAGCCUGUUCUUCACUAGCAAUAGCAGUGGGGUGUCAGAACUCCGAGCUUCUCUCCCCCUGUCUUUGACAUCUAUUGCAGCAAGUCUGUCUUUCUCAUUGAGAAUCACGGCACAAAUUCUCUCUGUCGUGAGAUCUGCGGCAGGUAGAGAACCAAGCUGACUUGCAACCGUUUUAUAAGUCCGAUUAAGGCUGUUAAUAAUCAUGAAGCAGAAUAUCUCUUCCUGUAGAGGGAAAUUGCGUUCCGCCAUCUGCUGGCGUAAGAACUUCAUCUCUGUCAGAUGUGCUUGUACAUCUCCAUCAGGCGCUAGCCUUAGAUUGGUUAGCUUUUCAAAAUGCAGCAACGCUGAAGAACCAGCAUCUCUUUGAUGUAUUCUACGCAGCGUUUGCCAAAUCUCACGCGCGUAUUCCAAACCCUGAAUAUGCACGAGCUGAUCAUCCGAGAUACACAGAAUUAUGGCCGUCCUGGCUCUCACAUUCUGUGAAUUCCAACCUGGCGUUGGUGCAGCAGGGAUGGGGUUAUCAAUCACCCCAAAAAUCCUCUGAUUCUGAAGCAGGGCUUUCAUCUUUACAGACCAUGAGGAAUAAUUGUCAUUAGUCAGUGGAGGUGGGUAAGGUAAGCCUCCCCCCUUCUUGGUAUCCAUUUUGAAUCCAAGCCCAGCUCUCACUCUCGAGCGUGUAAACUCCAAAAGUCUAUUGGCUGUUUACUGCCUCACACUUGGCAGCUAAACGCAGGCUGUUUUGAAAAUCCCUCCAAGAGCAGUGAGAUAUACAGACAAAACAAACGCUGUUUUAUCAGUGUUUUUCCAGCCUCUCACAGUGCUCAGCCUUACUUCCGUGUUGGCCAGUAACUUUCCACUUUACUGACGUUUCGUUGCUUAGCAACUGGACAUUCCAGGCUUGAGCAGCAACCCUUUUCAACCCCAGGAAUGCGAAAUAUGCAGGCUAUUUCUCUCAGUGCUGGUUUCAUCCAAAAGCAGACACUCAGUGAACCGAAGAAUGCUUCAAUUCGCGUUCACUCUCACAGCCAUAAAAUCACCAUACCUUGAGGGAAUCCGUUGCUCAGCAAAAACACCUCCUCCGGUGCUCAGCCGUCCUUGUAGCUUCCAUCCGCCCGCUACCACAUUCUUUCUUUAUCUCCUUGCAGAGGAUGAAGUACGAUCCAUCAACCUCUCUUGUUGCUUUCAUGGAUCAUAACCAUCGGCUCCUUGCUACCAUAUGUUAGGAUUCAAGCCUUUAUCAGGAGAAACUGGCCACUCUCCAGGCACCCGGCUUGAUCUCCUGUUGACCUCCCUGUCUGCAUUCCCGGCAGGAUCCAGGCUAGGUCGCGAUAGGCGAUCCUCCUCAGCGUGAGAAGAACACACCCCCUCUCUUUCCUGCCCCCCCCCCCGGGCAGGGGAGAGAGAUAGACAGAAACGUAUUUACAUUCCUUUAUUUCUGUCUUUGCAGCGUUACAAAAAUCAUGUCUGCUCUCAUCAAGCUUCAGCAGUCGAGAGACAACCUCCUCCUGUACUUCCUGUACAGCUCAUAUUACACUCUGAGCUAAUUCCGGUGCUCUCUGCACUGUGAAUUGACUGUCCCUCUGUUUCCCACGGAACAGUCCCAACAUUCCCAUUAUGUUUUGCUUUCAAGCUACCAGCUCGCGGCCGCAUUGCUUCUAUAUCGUAACACUCAGACCCUGCUUGCGAUUCCCAGUCAUAGAAUCAUAGAAUUGUAGAAGGGACCCCAAGGGACAUCUAGUCCAACCCCCUGCGAUGCAGGAAUCACAGCUAUUUAGGGCCAACACUGCCUUAGAUAAAUGUCUGGUGCCCUUUAGAGUGAGACUUGGGAAAAGGUGUCUAAGGAAUGUCUUUUUGCCAUGCACACACACAGACACACAGAAAUUUAUUAUUAUUAUUAUUAUUAUUAUUAUUAUUAUUAUUAACCCAGUUGAACCAGAUCCUGCAACAGGAGGUGAAAAUUCCAGUUUAAUUCCUGUGUUUUCGGCUACUGUUAAAGGUACAGGAGAGCAAAACAGAAGCAGCUUUGAUCUCUCAAGGAGCAUCACUGAAGCCCCCAGUGUGGGGGGGGGAGCAAUUUUUACACCUUCUCCUGGAGUAAUAAUAAUUAUUUAUUAUUUAUAACCCCACAUAUCUGGCUGGGUUUCCCCAGCCACUCUGGGCGGCUCCCAACAGAAUAUUAAAAACACAAUAAAACAUCAAGCAUUAAAAACUUCCCUAAACAGGGCUGCCUUCAGAUUUCUUCUAAAUGUCAGAUAGUUGUUUAUUCCUUUGACAUCUGGUGGGAGGGUGUUCCACAGGGCGGGUGCCACCACCGAGAAGGCCCUCUGCCUGGUUCCCUGCAACCUCACUUCUCGCAGGGAGGGAACCACCAGAAGGCCCUUGGACCUCAGUGUCCAGGCUGGACGAUGGGGGUGGAGAUGCUCCUUCAGAUAUACUGGGCCGAGGCCGUUUAGGGAUUUAAAGGUCAGCACCAAUACUUUGAAUUGUGCCUGGAAAUGUACUGGGAGCCGCUUCGGCGCAGCGGGGACCCUUCAAACCACAGGCGGGUGAAGCCUGUGACCCUGGGACUCGGCGGGCACUGUUUGCGCCCCCCCAACCUGCAAAGGAACCCGGCAACGGGCUCCGGAACAGAGCGGGGAAGUGGCGCUGUGCUGCGAGUCGUCUGCGUCUUUUGUGGAGUGAAGCCGCGUAGCUGUUGCCGGAGAGCGCUGCCUUUUUCCUGGACAAUUCGGACUUUAAAACAAAUAUCCGUGAGUACCCAGAAUUUGAACAAAUUGGGACAUUAAAUGAAGAUUAGUGAAAAGGACAGAAUUGGACUAUAUAUAUAUAAAAAAGAAAAAUCGAUUGAAUUUGGUACGGAGCGGUAAGGGCUAAACAGGAAGUCACCCUUCCGCUCUUUUGUAAAUAUAACAAAGCAAAGACAAUUUAUACUAGAGCUUUGAAAAUUGCUUUUAAAAGAGUGGAUUCCAACAUUUCAAAUUGGGAUAUUUUUUUUGGACGAUUUGAAGCAGUAAAAGGAAGUUAUUUUCGUCCUGAUCCUGGAUCGGGGAAGUCAGGACUGACGUGAACCAAUCAAGAUAUCUGUGUGUGACAGAUAGUUAAAAGAAGAGAAUUUUUGUGACUCUAUUGUUCCCUUUCGCAUUUUAAAGGAAUAUAUAUGGAUAAAGUAUUUUAAGUAACAUGGAAAUGUAACAGAAACAAAUAUAAGUCUUCUCCCUACGGGGAGCCUUAGAAACUGUAACUAAUGCCAAGGACUUGACAGCUGUUACAAAGAAUCGUGGGAGAGUGCAACAAUGUUUUCAGAAGUUGUGGUUUGCCUGCUCAAUGAAACAAAUACUCUACUGGGAGAACUACACGAUAAGGUGAACCAGAUGGCCAAGUUGACUGGAAAUCUCAGACUGGCAGCGGAAGGCGUUGAUCAAACUGUGGGAAUAUAUGCGGAGUCUAUUCAGGACUUAAACCAGGAGUGUGUUCUGACAGAACAGGGGUUUGUGGCACUAAAUCAGGAGUGUGGUUUGACAGAACAGUCUCAACAGGAGCUUGAUCCUUCGGAUUCGAUAAUGGAACUUGGAAAAAACCAGAUAUGGGAAGGGAAAGUUUGGCGUGGUUUGGAAAUGGGGGGCUGGAUUGACCCCCCUAUGUUGGGAUAUCUGGACUUUUUAAAUACAGUAACAGGCUGCGACAUGUUUGGAAUUGUGGGGGCCCACAAUUUCGGAGGGCCCUUGAAGUAUGUUUCUAAAUACUACAUGGAUUGCAGCGAUGAACAGGGAAAAGGAUCUGAACUGAGGAGAAGGGCUAAAAACACUAUUAAGUUGGAGUUACUACAAGCAAGUGACUACAGCCACAAAUAUGAAGAAAAGCUGUGGAAGGGCCAUGGAAGUGACCUGAGGGCCUCGGACAUAAGGUCACCGGGUUAGAUUGAGGAAUAAGAACUGACAAAUCCCGAAACCAGGAGGAAGGGACGUUGGAUAAAGACUGGACUUGUUUAUAUGCUUUUCUCUUUUUUCUUGUCUUUUAACUAACAGAAUGUUUUAUAAAGCUGUUAAAUGAAAGAAUGAUAGAAAAAUGAAUGAUAGAAAAAUGUUGGAAGAAAUUACCUGGCUUUAGUAAAGAUGUAUAAAGAAUUAUGAAAGAACAUUAUGAACAUAAGAAGCUGGUAAAGUUAAGAUCUAAAUUUUAAAUUUUAAGGUUUAUUUUAUUAUAGAAAGAUGGAAAGGAUUUGCUGGGAUAAUUAACAACUAGAAUACAAAGGAAGGGAGGAGGAGGAGGUCUAAUAUUUUCUUUUCUUUUUUAUUAUUUUUUUUUCUGUAUUUUUCAUUUUCUUAUAUUUUUAUUUUUACUUUUGUAUCUUUUUCUUUUUAUUGUGUAAGUUUUUGUAUUUUCUAUUUUUUGUUAUUGUGUAAUUUUUGUAUUCUGUUUGAAAUCUCAAUAAAUAUCAUUAUAAAAAAAAAAAAAAAGGAAAUGUACUGGGAGCCAAUGUAGGUCUUUAAGGACCGGUGUUAUGUGGUCUCGGUGGCCACUCCCAGUCACCAGUCUGGCUGCCACAUUCCAGAUUAGUUGCAGAGUUAAGAGCAGGGGUCAGCAACUUUUUUUCAGCCGUGAGCUGGUCCACUGUCCCUCAGACCAUGUGGUGGGGUGGACUAUAUUUUGAAGAAAAAAAAUGAACGAAUUCCUAUGCCCCACAAAUAACCCAGAGAUGCAUUUUACAUAAAAGCACACAUUCUACUCAUGUAAAAACACGCUGAUUUCCGGACCAUCCGCAGGCCGGAUUGAGAAGGCGAUUGGGCCGCAUCUAGCCCCCAGGCCUUAGGUUGCCGACCCCUGGUUAAGAGGGUCUGGAGACUUUCCCUUCCUUGUUUAGCCCAUGUGGAUCUCUUGCUGGUGCCGGGAAGCCACCUUCGGCAGAGCCGGUGGUUGACAGGUCACCUGCGGUGCGUUUGCUGAGUCAGUGCCUGUUCCCUGCUGCUGAGUCAGGGAGAGAGACUUCCCUGCCAGCUCUUUCGCACCCUGCGGAGGCACAAGACGGUCAGCACUUUCCGUCUUGGGAAAUUGCGGAGCAGAAGAUCCCAUAAGGACACAAGGAGAGGCUGCUGGAUCGGGCCAGUGGCCCAUAUGAUCCUGCAUCCUGUUCUUCUCACAGAGGCGACCCAGAUGCCCAUUAUGGGAAGCCUGAACGCAGGAUCCGAGCACCAAAGCAACUGUUACGAUAUAGAAGUAAUGCGGCUGCGAGCUGGUAGCUUGAAAGCAAAACAUAAUGGGAAUGUUGGGACUGUUCCGUGGGAAACAGAGGGACAGUCAAUUCACAGUGCAGAGGGCACCGGAAUUAGCUCAGAGUGUAAUAUGAGCUGUACAGGAAGUACAGGAGGAGUUAGUCUCUCGACUUCUGGAGCUUGAAGAGAGCAGUCAUGAUUUUUGUAACGCUGCAAAGACAGAAAUAAAGGCAUGUAAAUACGUUUCUGUCUAUCUCUCUUCCCUGCCCGGGGGGGGGGCAGGAAAGAGGGGGGGUGUUCUUCUCACGCUGAGAAGGAUCGCCUAUCGCGACCUCUGCCUGGAUCCUGCUGGGGAAUGCAGACAGGGAGGUCAACUGGAGAUCAAGCCGGGUGCCUGGAGAGUGGCCAGUUUCUCCUGAUAAAGGCUUGAAUCCCAACAUCAACGCCCCCCCUCCUGGGGUUUCCAGCAACUGGGAAGGUGGUGAAGGUCCUGUGUGAGUGUCUGGAAGUAGUUGGAGGAUGGAUGGCGGCUAACAGAUUGAGGUUGAAUCCUGACAAGACAGAAGUACUGUUUUGGGGGGACAGGGGAGGGGCAGGUGUGAAGGACUCCCUGGUCCUGAAUGGGGCAACUGUGCCUCUGAAGGACCAGGUGCGCAGCCUGGGAGUCAUUUUGGACUCACAGCUGUCCCUGGAGGCGCAGGUCAGUUCUGUGUCCAGGGCAGCUGUCUACCAGCUCUAUCUGGUACGCAGGAUGAGACCCUCCCUGCCCGCAGACUGUUUUGCCAGAGUGGUGCACACUCUGGUUAUCUCCUGCUUGGACUUCUGCAAUGCGCUCUACGUGGGGCUACCUUUGAAGGUGACACAGAAACUACCACUAAUCCAGAAUGCGGCAGCUAGACUGGUGAUGGGGAGCGGCCGCUGAGACCACAUAACACCAGUCUUGAAAGACCUACACUGGCUCCCACUACGUUUCCGAGCCCAAUUCAAAGUGUUGGUGCUGACCUUUAAAGCCCUAAACGGCCUGUAUCCCUGAAGGAGCGUCUCCACCCCCAUCGUUCUGCCCGGACACUGAGGUCCAGCUCCGAGGGCCUUCUGGUCAUUCUCUCCCUCCGAGAAGUGAGGUUACAGGGAACCAGGCAGAGGGCCUUCUUGGUGGUGGCGCCCGCCCUGUGGAAUGCCCUCCCACCAGAUGUCAAAGAGGAAAAACAACUACCAGACUUUUAGAAGACAUCUGAAGGCAGCCCUGUUUAGGGAAGCUUUUAAUGUUUAACAGACUACUGUAUUUUUAAUCUUUGUUGGAAGCCGCCCAGAGUGGCUGGGGAAACCAGCCAGAUGGGCGAGGUAUAAAUAAUAAAUUAUUGUUGUUGUUGUUCUUGUUGCCUCUGACUGUAGAGGGCAGAUCGGAGCCAUUCUGGCGAGUAGCCAUUGGCAGCCCUCUCCUACAUGAAUAUGGCUCAGGGCCGGAUUUAGGUUUGAUGAGGCCCUCAGCUGCUGAAAGUAAUGGGGCCCUUUAUAUGUCCAGCUGUCCUUUGUCCACAACAAAUUGGCGCUGUUUUUUGUGUUGAAUAUAUGCUAUAUGGUAAUUUAUGGGCCUAAUACAUAUCUCAAGCCAUUUGCACAUAACAAAAUAUGUACGGUAUUUUAUCAAAGUAAUUGUUGAACUGAAAUACAAUUAAGAAGAAGUAUAUUAAUAGUGAAAUAAUUCUUAAACUCUAACUUAAAAUGAUUUUUUAUUCAUAACAAACUUAAUAAUGGCAUUUGGCAAUAACAAAAGUUCCUUUAGAAACACAAUUUACAAAGACUCAUAAUCUAGUCUCUAGAAACUUGCUAUAACAUGAAAUAAUAAUAGGUGUAAAUAUGUGAUGCAAACUAUUAAUAAUUAUGGAGAGCAGAAUGUAGGCACCCUAUAUAUAGAAAAGAGCAAACCAGUGAUAUUUGAGGGAGCAGGCUAGCAGGCGGGGCCCAUGACUUACAUCAUAGGAGCCUACACAACACAAAACACUGUUGCUGUAUGUAGGUUUUAUUUUAUUUGUUUUUUAUUUUCUAUUUUGGAAAUGUACAUCCAGCUUUUUUCCCCUUUAAUUUUUUUUGGGGGGCCCCAAGAGAUUUCAAAUGGGACAACUAAUGGAAUGUUUAGUAUAAGUAAGAUUCAAAACACGACACUCCUUUUUACUCCUGUACUGUGAGAUAGGUAAGGAAUCCCAAAAUUCCAGCUCUUUCUCCAAGCCACAAAACAGCUUGACUACAUUUUUUAAUUUAUUUGUAGCCCAUAUUCCCAAAUAUAUCCAAAUAUCUAAUAGGAUUUUGUUUUUCUCCCCCUGCCAGGACUGUCUGGUGCUGGAGAGAUGUGAGCAGCCCAACCCCAUCUCCACCUUCCAGGACGAUUUCCAGGAGUUUGAGAUGAUCGAUGACAACGAAGAGGAGGAGGAAGGGAACGGGCUGGAGGAGGUGCCCCCCUCACCCUCGGGGUCUCCAAUCCCUUCGCCCACCCCAGAGGAGACCCAGAAGCAUCGCCCCACCACUCUCAACCUGACCGUGACGGGCACACAGGUGAGUCUGGGAGGAGAGCCUUGGGCACCUGGAGUUUUGCAAAUGCAACUCCUGGGAGCAACUUGGUCCCAAAGCAUUCUGAAACAGCAGGUUUGUUGUUGUUGUUGUUUAGUCAUUUAGUCGUGUCCGACUCUUCGUGACCCCCUGGACCAGAGCACGCCAGGCACUCCUGUCUUCCACUGCCUCCCACAGUUUGGUCAAACUCAUGCUGGUAUCUUCGAGAACACUGUCCCACCAUCUCGUCCUCUGUCGUCCCCUUCUCCUUGUGCCCUCCAUCUUUCCGAACAUCAGGGUCUUUUCCAGGGAGCCUUCUGGAGAGGUUUGAUCUUCUUGCAGUCCAUGGGACUCUCAAGAGUCUCCUCCAGCACCAGAAUUCAAAAGCAUCAAUUCUUCGGCGAUCAGCCUUCUUUUUGGUCCAGCUCUCACUUCCAUACAUCACUACUGGGAAAACCAUAGCUUUAACUAGACGGACCUUUGUUGGCAAGGUGAUGUCUCUGCUUUUUAAGAUGCUGUCUAGGUUGGUCAUUGCUUUUCUCCCAAGAAGCAGGCGUCUUUUAAUUUCGUGGCUGCUGUCACCAUCUGCAGUGAUCAUGGAGCCCAAGAAAGUAAAAAGUUAGGAAGGAUAUUAAUAAACAAUACAUCCUCUCCUGACUCCCUGAACAUUUCCACAUCCUGAGCCAUCCAAGCAAGAGAGAGAGAGAGAGAGAGAGAGAGAGAGAGAGAGAGAGAUGGACUGACUCCAGGAGCAUUUCGCAUCAUAAAUAAACCAGGAAGGAGUCGCUCUUCAUCUGCAUUAAAAGCUGCAAGCAGAGAGCAGACUCCUGAUUUGCACACCCCCCCAAAUGAGGCUGGGGGAAGUGAGUCUUCCCUGCUUGGCAACUGCUGCUGCCGCCACCACUGGCCUAUUUGAUGCACAGAUGGGUUUCCAGAUCUGACAGGACGUUCAAGAGUUUGGAUGGCAACGCCUGCGAUGCCCAGAGAGGCAGUGUGGCGUUUCUACGCAGCCCCCGGUGGUCUCAUGGACUAUUGACCCGUACACCACUAAUUCGCUGCCACCAACCAGGUCCUCCCUGGUAAAUCACUUUGUCUCAGUCAGGUUCUUAAGUUAACAAAGAAGAGUGUAGUUUAUUGCAGACACAAGUAAACUCUAACUGCAUUCAAAACCUUGUUACUCUUUACCUUCUUAGUCUUAUUUUUAUCUUGCCUCUAACUUUUCUACCUCCUCUCACACAAGAACCAACUGCACUAACUGUCUCUCUAAUUCCAACUGUCUGCCAACUGCUUUCCCAACUGCCUUUCCCAACCAAACAACCCAAACCUCGGGCUAAGCCCUUUUAUAAGCCUCUACCUAUUAACUCUUUCUCUCCCCCUGUACAGACAUUUUUAAAAGAAUGGGCAAACGCCACAGGCAGGUUUCGCAAUGCUCUACAAAAACCGGGCCGGGCAUUUGUGGCUUUUGCAGGAUUAAAAGUCAGAAACAGAGGAAGCUGCCUAGUUUCGGGGACAAUUCUAUCGCAGCGUUCGGGAUGGAGGGAAGAAAGUCCUUCUUCACGCAGCGCGCAAUUAAACUAUGGCACCCACUCCCCCAGAAGGCAGGGAUGGCCACCAACAUAGCUGCAAAUAUAAUGUUUUAAGUGCAUUGUUCAAAUGUGCCAUUAGAUGGCGAUGUUGAGCAAAUGGCAAAUUCGAUAUAUAUAUAAAACUUUUUUUAAAGAAGCAUGUUCACAGCGUUUUUUAUAUGUGUCUAGAUUCCACCUAGGAAGGCUUUAAAAGAGGAUUAGACAAAUUCAUGGAGGAGGAGAGGGCUCCUUGCUGUGAGAACAGAAUGCUGGACUAGAUGCGCCCUUGGCCGGAUUCAGCAAAGCUCUUUUUCUGUUAUUAUAUCACUAAUAUAUUGGCUGUCUCUCUCUCUAUGCAACAGGGGUUUAUUCGCAAACACGGGGGGGGGGGGGGGCUGAUCAAUUCAUUCCCUGCAGAUUCCUGCAUGAACUGGUAUUUUCGGCAACUACCAGGCUGAGAGCUGGGGCUGCGCAGUGGUUAGAGCGCUGGACCAGGACCCGGGUUCAAAACCCAACUUGGCCAUGAGACUCACUGGGUGACGUUGGGCCAGUUACUCACUCACCCUAACCUACCUCACAGGGUUGUUGUGAGAGUAAAGUGGGGAGGAGGGCAACUACGUAAGCCUCUCUGAGCUCCUUAGAGGAACAGUGGGAUAUAAAUGUAAAUAAUGAUGAUAAUAAUAAUGAUAAUAAUAGACAGACUGGAAUCCUUCAGAUUUUGCACUUCUCUGAAUUCCGCAAUGCAGCCUUUGGCUAAAAAUAAAAUACAGUGGUACCUCUGGUUGCGAACGGGAUUCAUUCCGGAGGCCUGUUUGCAACAUGAAAAGAAUGCAACCUGCAGCAGCACGUCUGCGCAUGCGCGGGUUGCAAUUCGCCACUUCUGUGCAUGCACAUGACGUCAUUUUGCGUGUCUGCGCAUGUGCGAGCAGCAAAAUCCGGAAGUAACCCUUUCCGGUACUUCCGGGUUGCCGCAGGACGCAACCUGAAAGAACGUAACAUGAAGCGGACAUAACAUGAGGUAUGACUGUACUCAAUGUAUAUGUAAUGCGCAUUUUGAAUUUUUUUAACUGAAUUUAUACGCCACCUUUUCCUCAAAGGAGCUCAAGGAGCUGUCAUUCAUCCUCUCCCUCCUUGUUUAAUCCCCGCAACAAAACUGCGAGGUCAGUCGGGCUGAGAGAAGGCAAUGACUGCCCCCCCCCAGGGCACUCAGUGAGCUUUAUGGCUGAGUGGGGGGAUUUGAGAGCCCAGCUCUCCCAGCUCCUGGCCCUGCGCUCUAACCAAUACCCAGCACUUGGUCUCCAAAGUUCAUUUAGAAAUGCGUAGCGCGUGCAAAAACAUUUAAACACAACUUUUCAUGCCUUGGUCCAGUAUACCUGAAGGAGCGUCUCCACCUCCAUCGUUCAGCCCGGACACUGAGGUCCAGCACCAAGGCCUUCUGGCGGUUCCCUCCCUGCGAGAAGUGAGGUUACAGGGAACCAGGCAGAGGGCCUUCUCGGUGGUGGCACCCGCCCUGUGGAACACCCUCCCACCAGAUGUGAAGGAAAUAAACCACUAUCUGACAUUUAGAAGACAUCUGAAGGCAGCCCUGUAUUGGGAAGCUUUUAAUGUUUAAUAGGUUAUUGUAUUUUACUGUUUUGUUGGAAGCCGCCCAGAGUGGCUGGGGUAUAAAUAAUAAAUUAUUAUUAUUAUUAUGUGCACGCGCGCGCACACACACACACACACAUGGUGGACACAGGGCUGAGUGGACCUUUGAACGAUGUGAAACUGAUAGCAACUCAAACAGGCUGAGUUCUACCUCUUUCAUUGCAGGAGAUGGACUAGAUGAUCCUCAGACCCCUUCCAAGUCUAAAAUUCUCUGAUUCUCUGAUUCCUUCUUCCAAAAGGAAGACCCAAAACUGGGUGUUGGAUUGGGGCAUCUUUAGUCUUCCCUCCUUUCCCCACGGAAGCAGCUGCUUCAAACCAUCCUCUCCCCGCCCCCCCAUCUCGUGUCAGUUCAUGUGCUUGUCACUAAGCCCCUUUUGGAAUUAAUCUUUCCCAAUCUCUCCCCCCCCCCAACUUUAAUCUGCUGUGUCAUUAACCCUCCCUAGAGGGCUCAGUCGGCAAGGCUGCGAGUGCAAUUUUCCGAAAUAUGCGUUCCGAAUAAUGUGCUGCACGGAAGAGAGGCAGGAAGGAAGAGGAACGGCAAAGAGGCCUCGCUUUCUGAAAGCACCUUAGCAUUCCAAAAGAUGAAUGAAAACAUCUUAAACCACCAGUGCCCCGAUUUUUGUCAACAUCGAACGGACGGGUUCCGAUUCAUUCAUAUAAAAACCCUUUCCUAAAGACACUGAUGGGAGUGCACAGAUCAGGCUGGAAUAAACCUGAGGACACUUGCAAGAACUCAGUUGUUUUCAUGCAGCUGGCAGCGCCUGCACUGUGGAACUACCUGCCUCUUGAUAUCACGUUAUCCUUUUUGGAGCCUGCUGAAAACAUUUUUGCUUAGACAAGCCUGUCCAGAUGUUUAGAAAGGUGGCCCGAGUUUUAAUUCUCUUCUUAGUCCAUUGUUAACUUUUUAAGAGUUUUUAAUUAUUGCUGUUAGUUUUUCUUAUUCAUAAUAGCCGUCUGUCAGGGAUGCUUUAGUUGCGAUUUCUGCAUUUCAGAGAGUUGGGCUGGAUGAUCCUUGGGAUUAUUUUACAACGCUGCAUUUCUAAGAUAAUUUUAUUAAUCUAUCCUUUUUUGUAAACCUCUUUGAGGCGUUUUUGUUUUCAUGGAAUCAUAGAAUUGUAGAGUUGGAAGGGACCCUAAGGAUCAUCUAUUCUAACCCUCUGCAAUUCAUGAUAGGCAGUCAUCCAAUCCCUCCAAUUGGGGGGGGGGGGAUUGGGGUUGGGUUUUUGUUUUUGUUUUGCAAUCAAGCGUUGUGCAAAUUUUAUGAAAUAAUUAAGUAACGCAGAAAAGUUUGGCAAUGCAGCGGUUCUCUCACCAAAUACAGGCAUUCCCAAACACAUUUCACCUGCAAUGGCACUAUUUUAAAUCCCCUUGGCUACUUCUCCAAUUCAAAUUCAUCUACAUUCUGAUCUGCAUGUUAAUCCAGAUCAGGUAAACUCAUACCAGAAUUUGGAGUCUUUGUGCUUCAUGCGGCAGCUAGACUGGGGACCGGGAGCGGCUGCUGAGACCACAUAACACUGGUCUUGAAAGACCUACACUGGCUCCCAGUACGUUUCCGAGCACAAUUCAAAGUGUUGGUGCUGAUCUUGAAAGCCCUAAACAGCCUCGGUCCAGUAUCCCUGAAGGAGCGUCUCCACCCCCAUCGUUCAGCCUGGACACUGAGGUCCAGCUCAGAGGGCCUUCUGGCGGUUCCCUCCCUGCAAGAAGCAAAGUUACAGGGAAGCAGGCAGAGGGCCUUCUCGGUGGUGGCGCCCGCCCUGUGGAACGCCCUCCCAGCAGAUGUCAAGGAAAUAAACAACUAUCUGACUUUUAGAAGACAUCUGAAGGAAGGCCUAUUUAGGGAAAUUUGUAAUGUUUGAUGUAUUUAUUGUGUUUUUAAUAUUCUGUUGGCAGCCGCCCAGAGUGGCCGAGGAAACCCAGCCAGAUGGGCGGGGUUUAAAAAAACAAAUUAUCAUUAUAUUAUUAUUAUUAUUAUUAUUAUUAUUAUUAUUAUUCUAAUUCUGGAGCAUAGCCAUUGUGGCUGGUGACCCUUGACAAACCUGCACCAGUCCUACCUGGAGAAGCCAACACUCACCUGGGGCUUUCUGCAAUCAAAGCAGGUGUCUUCCUUUCCCACUGCUGGAGCUGCCGGUUAAAUGCCUUAACCUGAUAUCUAAUGGCACAAUCUUUUGCGGCUCCAUUGACCCGCUCCAUCAACCCACUUUGUGCCCCAGAUCCUGCGAGUCAGGUGGGACUCUGAAAGGAGCAAGGGCUGCUCUCAUUCUUUGAGGCAACUCCUUCUGUGCCAUCAUGGUUUUGGAAGUGCCCCUUUUCCGAUUCAGCGCUGCAAAAAUGCUCUCAACCGUAGGCCCCGAACCAGAGGUGGAUCCUCUCUUGGAAUGGUAGACUGCAGCAAUCCCUGACUGAGCAGCUCCCUCCUUCGGCACAGUUUGUUGUGAUCCCUUCAUUGCAGGGGUUGGACUAGAUGACUCUUGGUGUCCCUUCGAACCCUACAGUUCUAUGAUUCAUUGGAGGGUUUUAAACAGGGGUUGUGGGGCUUCUUGCUAGAGGAGACUCUUGAGAGUCCCAUGGACUGCAAGAAGAUCCAACCUAUUCAUUCUGAAGGAAAUCGGCCCUGAGUGCUCACUGGAAGGACAGAUCCUGAAGCUGAGGCUCCAAGACUUUGGCCACCUCAUGAGAAGAGAAGACUCCCUGGAAAAGACCCUCAUGUUGGGAAAGAUGGAGGGCACAAGGAGAAGGGGACAACAGAGGACGAGAUGGUGGGACAGUGUUCUCGAAGUGGCCAACAUGAGUUUGACCAAACUGCGGGAGGCAGUGGAAGACAGGAGUGCCUGGCGUGCUCUGGUCCAGGGGGUCACGAAGAGUCGGACACGACUAAACGACUAAACAACAAGAGGUGGGGCUUCUGUCAGGGUUCCUAAGCUGUGAUUCCAUUAUUGCAGGCGGUUGGAAUAGGUGACCUUUGGGUGUAUCAAACCUAUGAUUCUGUGAUUCUUCUUAUUAAAUUUCCAUUUUAUCACAUUUAAACACAUCCUUAUACUCUUUACAUAUUUGCUCUAUCGAGCUUCAACUUCUCUCCAUCCCAUCUCAUGACUUUCAUAGUUCAUUAUUACUUCAUAGCAGUUAUACGUUUUCCAGUUUGCGUUUCACUCCUUCCGUUUAUAACAAAAUUUUAAAUAGAUGUACAGAAGGUACAAAUCACACACCUUGCAAGUUUUCUUACAACAACCUUGCUAGUGUUGUUAAUUGUUUACAGUUAUCCUUCGGAUAUUGUACAGAUUUACUCCAGUCUUUUUGGAAAGCGUGGUCAUGCUGGUUUCGGAUUUUCCCGGACAGCUUUGCCGGUUCUGCAUAGUCCAUCAUCUUCAUCCACCAUUCUUCUAACGAAGGGAUUUCCUGUUGCUUCCAUUUUUGGGCCAAAAGAGUUCUUGCUGCUGUUGUUUCACACAUUAACAGUUUAAUGUCUCUCUUUGGCGUCUCUUCCAGAAAUGCCUCUGGUUUUUUCCACAAAAGUACUUUUAAACAUUUUCUUUAACUCAUCUCUGCUCUCUUUUCCUCCCCUGCGUGACCAGGACUCCCUGAACAACAACAGCAGCUGCAACCCAGCACCCCCCUUGCAAAGGGCCACCUGGCAGGAGACUCUGCUCCACACUUCUUCUUCCUCCUCCUCCUCUUCGGUGCCCCAUGCUGGUGAGUGACCUCCCAUACCCCUGGCCGCCUGGGGAGAACUGGCUCUCCACAGCAAGCAGAAACUGUGCAGGAGGGUGGAGGUACAGAGGUACAGAGACUUUCAGCCCACAGGUCUCAAUAACCCCAGUGCGGGUCCCAGUUAGACCACACGGCCUAUCCCCCCGACAAAUCACAUUCUGUGUGGUUACAGGUAGGUAGGCGUGUUGGUCUCCAUAGUCAAAAUAAAUUUUUUUAAAAUUCCUUCCAGUAGCAUCUUAAAGGUAAAGUGACCCCUGACCAUUAGGUCCAGUUGCAGACGACUCUGGGGUUGCAGCGCUCAUCUCGCUUUAUUGGCCGAGGGAGCUGGCGUACAGCUUCCAGGUCAUGUGGCCAGCAUGACUAAGCCGCUUCUGGCGAACCAGAGCAGCGCACGGAAACGCCGCUUACCUUCCCACCGGAGUGGUACCUAUUUAUCUACUUGCACUUUGACGUGCUUUCGAACUGCUAGGUUGGCAGGAGCUGGGACCGAGCAAUGGGAGCUCACCCCAUUGCGGGGAUUUGAACCGCUGACCUUCUGAUCGGCAAGUCCUAGGCUCUGUGGUUUAACCCACAGCACCACCCGGUACAUGCACACGAAACACGCACACGAAAGCUCAUACCAAGAACAACCUUAGUUGGACUCUAAGGUGCUACUGGAAGGAUUAUUAUUAUUAUUAUUAUUCUGUGUGGUGUCGGGUAUGGAAGAGGCUGCAGAGGAGCAACUGAGAGCUGACAACGGUUCCUUGCAAGCAGGGCUCACAGUUGGUGUCGAUCAGCCGACAGGGAAUCCCGCUGGUGCCAGGAACUCCAUAGCGCAGCCCUGAUUUGUCGAGGUCGCUUUCUCCAUUUGCAGGAAGCUGUUUGCAUUCAUUCCUCGGCCCCCUGUGCAUUCUUCCUUCUGCAGAGGAAGCUGCUUGCAUGGCCACUGCUUCCUCCAUCCCGACUGCAAGUCCCCUUUCAAGGCGCCCUCCCAGUGCCAAUCAGCUGGUUGUUACAGAAAGUGUGUCUCCACAGAAGGUUGCUGCAACUGCCAAUCAGCUGAAGGUUGGCAGCUGUUAGUCACCUGUUGUUAAGGCAUCAGGCAAUUGAGUCACAGGUGGGAGGUCCCAUCCCCUUGUCCAAGUUGGUGCACAGCAGAAGUUGCUGGGGGGUGGGCAGGGAUGUGGCUCCAACUCCCCACUUCUGCACUAGACUGACUCAAGGGAUGGGCUGUGGAGUUCAAGAGCUACAGGACUUGCCAGUCAGGGUCUGGGCCAUGGAAUGGCAACAGCAAAGGCCUUUGGAGGUCUGGGAUAUAUCACACUGUGAAACAGGACUGUUCAUGGUGUCCCGACUAUAAAAUUGAAGAAAUCGAUAUAUAUAUAGCCGCACCGGCAGCAUAUUUCUUCUUUCUCGUAUCCAAAUAUGCAAGGAGGGCUUUUACACUCGCCAGAAGCUCUGCCCUGCCCUCGCCGGUCCUGGAAGGAUCCUUUUAAAAAGUCCCAUAUGCUCAGAGACUUUGCGCCUGUUCAUUAGGGGAGAUAGGAAGCCCAGAGCACUUGUUCUUUAGAUGUCCCUUUUAUGAAGAGGCACGUAGUGAGACCAUUGAUCCCCUGCUGGUGAGGCUCGCUGACCUCCCGGAAAAGCAAAAAUUUGACCUUUUCCUGUUAGGCAAAGGUCAUAAGAUGACCCGGAUGGUCGCCAGAUUCUGUGUACAGAUCUGUAGGCACAGACCGUCCCCCGACCCAAACUAGUUCAUUAAGAAGACCCCCAAACUCGGUUCCAUGGGUGACUCUGGGUCAUCUCUCUGCGGCAGCUUAUCUUAAAGUUUAAAGUGUUUAUACGCUUAUCGCAUUUAUAAAUCUUAAAUUUAUUGUUGUACAUUGUUUUAAAUGUUUGUUUUCCUUCGGGGAUUGUACCCCCAAGUGUGUUUUAUAAGCUGGUCUCCGACCGUAAUAAAUUACCUAUCUAUCUAUCUAUUGCACGAUGAUAGGUUGGUCCAACUAGAUAAGGCCCAGGGUGAGACGGUUGUGUAGACUCCCCCAGAUUGCUGGCUUUGACCUCACUAGAGUGCUGUCGGGAUGGUUCCUGAGUCCUGAACUUUGCCGUCUGCUCCUUCCCCUUGCAGAGCGAUCCUCCGCUGUGCACCCGUGUCUCCAGGACGGACCGUGCUCAGACCCUCGGAGUGGCACAGGCCCUGGCCGAGCCCAACCUCCUUGCAAACCACCGCUUUAUGAUGCCGAAGGGAACAGCCAGGAGCUGCGGGAGGCCCCGCCCCCUGUCCGACCUGGGGAGGACUACAACAUGAACAUCGUCUCCUCCAUGCCCGGCUCUCAGCCUCCUUCAGAUUCAUCUGUCCAGGCCCCCAGGGAGGUUGCAGAAGAUCCCCAAGGUCCCAUCACACGCCUGGCAUCUAAGUCGCCCGUCUUCAGCCCCCACAGGUCACCGGCAACAGAGAUUUACUGCGCCAGGUUCCAGAGGGAUGCGGCAGGAUGCCAGGAGGCAGAGAAGGUAGCUGAGGGCUCCCCCGUCGUCUUUGCUGGGGGGAAAUCAGGGCACGGGUCCCCCAUCUCACUGAUUGACCAGGGAGGCUCCCCGCUGUCGGACGAUGAGGCUCCCAAGGGCCGCCGAGAUGCUGGGUCUGGAAGGAGCCACCCCACGGGAGACCAUGCCGCCCCGACCAGAACGGCGACGGAAUCCCUGAGCUCCGAAGGAGAAAGUGGCCACAGGGGCCGGGCACCCAGUGUGCGAGGGCCACCUUCUGCCUCGUCGGACACCACGUCCCCCUCAUCAGACCCCGGUAUUGAGGCAGACCUCACCAGCCGCAACUCCAAGUCCUUCCCACCAUGCAGCCGGCACAGCGAGGACCUCAGCUCGCCUGGCUCCGACUCAGACGUGGAGGGCGAGAUCGAGGCAGCCUUUGCCUGCAGCGGGAACCGCCUGGCCAGCAACAUGAUCUCCAGCAUCUCGGAGACGGAGCUGGACCUGAGCAGCGACAGCAGCAGUGGACGCUCCUCCCACCUCACCAACUCCAUUGAGGAGGCUAGCUCCCCGGGCUCAGAGGCCGAGCUGGAGGCAGACCUGGAGUCCCGGGGAGUGCUAGGCCUGAAGGACACCCUUCUGCUAGACGUGGGCAAAGAGGAGGAGGACGGGGUGGCGGUGGCCCCGGAGAGCGCAGUGGUGAGGAGGGACAGCCUGGCAGCCCUCAAGAUAGAGGAGUUCUAUGAGGACCCGUCCGCUCCUGUUGAGCCAAUGGACAGGCCCCUCUCGGACUCGCUGGACCUGGAGAUCGACCCCGACCACAGCCUGGAGACCCUGCGGCGCUCCUUCUACUUGCCGGUGGGGGCCAAGCUGGUGCCCAAGGGCCGCAGCGACAGCGAUGACCGAGCGGGGAACAGCGAGUACGACUCCGAUUCCGACUCCGAGUCGGAGCCGGACCUGAGCGAGGAUUCCGACUCCCCGUGGCUGCUCAGCAACCUGGUGAACAAGAUGAUCUCAGAAGGCUCGUACCCCAUCAAGUGUGCCGAUGAGUGCUUCCCAGCGGCCCACUCCCUCUCGGACACCAUCUCUCCCGCCUCCGACCUGGAGCCCGAGAUCCCCAGCGAGGCCCUGGGGGAGGCGCAGCCCGGCCCUCCGCAGAGCAUCGAGCUGGUGGACAUGGAGACCCUCCGGUGUUCGCUACGGGAGGAGGAGAAGCCCACCGAGCCAGGGGGCCCGGCGGAUGAGGUGGGGCCCUACCUGUUCAUGAGCAACCUGACCAACGACACCAUUGCUCCCGUCUUUCCUGGGAGGCCACUCUCCGGCUGCUGCAAGAGCGGCGGCGGCACCCCAGCCAAGGGCUUGCCCCCCAGGGAGGUAGCGGUCAAAGCCGACCCAGCCACGGGGCCCGAGGACUGGGCGAUCGACGGGGACCUGGACUCUGGCAUCUUGGAGGACAACGACAUGAUUGACGACGUCCGGUUAGAGGGCAGCGAGGGGCUGGACGUCUCCACCGCCAAGACCAACCGUUGCUUCAGCUUCGCCUACUCUCCCGAGGAGGAGGAGGAUGGGGAGGCCCCUUCCCUAGGCAGCCUGAAGGGCUCCCCCUUCUCCGAGGAGAUGCCCCUGCCCCCGCCCACCAUAGCCCUGGACGACUCCCUGGCCUACGACUCCGUCAAGUACACCCUCGUCGUGGACGAAAACACCCAGCUGGAGCUGGUCAGCCUCAAGCGUUGCACGUCGGUGCUGAGCGACGACAGCGAGCUGCUGAGGGCCUGUGACGCCGCCGACCUGGAGGACGCGGGCAGUGACUUUGGGGAGGGGCUGGUGGCUCCAGACGGGCGCAGCUCUUCAUCGGAGGACUCCUCGCCCGAGGCUGACCUCCACUUCUCAAAGAAGUUCCUCAACGUCUUUGUCAACAGUACCUCCCGUUCCUCCAGUGAGUGCCACCCCCUCUGUGGCUGGAGGGGGCAGGGUGGUUGGUGUGGGAGGGAGGGAGGGCACUUCCUGUGACCAGCACACGACUGCCUGUUGCCACCCCAGUCACCUGGAUGCAAGAUCCAGGGGCCGUUCUGCUUUGGUCUCCUGGCUCCCAAGCAACAGGGACCCCCUCAGGGCCUCAGCUGCUGCUGCCCCAUUGUGGCCACAGAUGGUCUGGAUUGGCUGUCUUCCUGCUGAGAGGCAGGCCUCUGCAAUUGGCUUCCUAUCCUUGGAAGAAGAAGCCCUCUGUCCUAACAGUGUGAUUGGUACAGAUGCCACACCCUGCCUUUGAUUGGUAGAGUUGCCCCAUCCCAUCCCUGAUUGGUACAGAUGCCACACCCCAUGCCUGAUUGGUACAAGAUGCCACACCCUGCCCUUGAUUGGUAGAGGUGCUGCACCGCAUCCCUGAUUGGUACAGAUGCCACACCCUGCCCUUGAUUGGUAGAGUUGCCCCAUCCCAUCCCUGAUUGGUACAGAUGCCACACCCCAUGCCUGAUUGGUACAAGAUGCCACACCCUGCCCUUGAUUGGUAGAGGUGCUGCACCGCAUCCCUGAUUGGUACAGAUGCCACACCCCAUCCCUGAUUGGUACAAGAUGCCACACCCCAUCCCUGAUUGGUACAAGAUGCCACACCCCAUCCCUGAUUGGUACAGAUGUGAAACCCCUUACCCGAUUGGUGCAGCAGGCGCCCCCAUUCCUGACCAGUGCAGCCCCCCCCAUCCCUGAUUGGUUAGCCCCUUGCUUUGGGUAAUUGUCUGCAGCCUGCUGUGAUCCUUUCUCUGCCCCCUCAACCAGGUACAGAGUCCUUUGGCCUCUUUUCUUGCAUGGUGAACGGGGAGGAGCGGGAACAGACCCACCGAGCCGUCUUCAGGUGAGAAGGGAGAGGGGAGAGGCCUGAGGGUUCCCCAGCUCUCUGCUUUGAGGCUCCUUCAGGCCAGGAGAUCAGCCCUGCAGGGCUGUCUUGGGGAGGGGGGCUCCCACACUCCCCGGCAAAGCAGAAGAGCAUUUGAGAAACCCCCUUGAGAAGAGGGAACCCGGCCCCACUUACGCUGUUUGCCAUGGACACGCCUGUCAAGGCUUAACCGUGGCUCCAGAAGAGGCUUUUCAACUCCGUGGAUCUCAGCAGCACUCUAAUAUGACAGAGGGUGCUGCCAGGACACAGGGUCCCGAGUCAAUUAAAAACACCAGCCCCUGCUCAAAGGUAAACCACCACACCGCCUGCUGGUGUACAGACCAAGAGGGGUCCAGAUUCAGGAAUCCAGGGAAUGAGGCCAUCCCCUGCUAGAAAUUUAAGAACCUCGGAAGUGCCUGGAUCAGGCCAAAGGGGGCCCAUCUUGUCCAGCAUCUUGUUCUCACAGCAGAUGCCCCUUUUGCAGGAUCCGAGCACAAGAGCCCUCUUUCCUAUUGUGGUCUGUAGCGACUGAUAGAUUAUUCCCCAUCCAUGAAUUUGCCCAGUCCUCUUUUAAAGCCGUCUAAGUUGGUGGCCAUCGCUGCUUCCUGUGGCAGGGAGUUCCACUGCCUAAAAAAAGGGAGGGGGAAAAUACUUUUACGUCAGUAGGCUCAGUGACCCAAGGAAUCUAAAGCAGUGGGCUUGGAACCAGAGUAAUUUCCCAGUAGCUCACGCCAACUCUUGCAGUAGCAAGAGUUAUCUAAGGAUUGCAGCAAUAAUUAUCAUGUAAAUCCCAGGAUCCCAAACUUUUUGGAGCCUCCUGUUCCAUAAUCACAGAGUUCCAUAAUCCCAGCACCCCACUGCCUUUUGGAAAGCAGCGCGAACACACACAAGAACUAAUAAAGAACUGAGCUGGAAAGAGGACAGAGAGAAGUUUUUCUCCAUCUCUCAUAAGGCUAGAACCUGUGGACACGUGGUGAAGCUGAAUGCUGGAAGACCACAGAGUUAAUAUAUGGAACUCCCUGCCACAGGAGGCAGGGGUGGCUACCCACCUAGAUGGCUUUAAAAGAGGGUUAGAUAAAUUCAUGGAGGAGGAGAGGGGUAUUUGGGGCACUCCUGCUUGGAUCCUGCUCCCAGUAGGUUUCCAAGCACAACUCAAAGUGUUGGUGCUGACCUUGAAAGCCCUAAAUGGCCUUGGCCCAGUAUACCUGAAGGAGCGUCUCCACCCCCAUUGUUCAGGCCAGACACUGAGGUCCUGCUCCGAGGGCCUUCUGGCGGUUCCCUCCCUGCGAGAAGCAAAGUUACAGGGAACCAGGCAGAGGGCCUUCUUGGUGGUGGCGCCCGUCCUGUCGAAUGCCCUCUGUCAGAUGUCAAGGACUGAAACAACUAUCCGACUUUUAGAAGACAUCUGAAGGCAGCCCUGUUUAGGGAAGCUUUUAAUGUUUGAAGUUUUAGUGUGUUUUUAAUCUUUGGUUGGAAGCCGCCCAGAGUGGCUGGGGAAACCCAGCCAGAUGGGGGGGGGGGUUAGAAAUAUUAUUAUUAUUAUUAUUAUUAUUAUUAUGGCAGGCCUAAAGUCCUACAGGGAAGGGAAGCAGCGUGUUGGCUGUGGGCCCCCAAAGUCUCCCCCAAACUUAGUGCUUCUGAGAUAACAUCAAGAAGCUGCUUUCUACUGAGUCAGACCCAUUGGCUCAUCUGGCUCAGUCUAGCCUACACUGGUUGGCAGCCACAGCUCUCUCAGCCCCACUUGGGAGCCUUCUGCUGCUGAGCUGCUGUCAUGGCCUUUCCCCAACUGGCCCCUUCUCCUGCCUCCAGGUUCAUCCCUCGCCACGAGGACGAGCUGGAGCUGGAUGUGGACGACCCCAUUCUGGUGGAGCUGGAGGAGGACGACUACUGGUACCGGGGCUACAACAUGCGCACGGGGGAGAGGGGCAUCUUCCCGGCCUUCUAUGCCCACGAGGUGGUGAGCCAGGCCAAGGAAGUGACAGGUGAGCCGGGGUGCGUGUGCCGGUGGCGCUGCUGGGAGGUGGCAGCAGAGGGUGGCAGAUGAAGCUUCCUGGCUGCCCAAUGUCAGAGGCUGGCUGCACAAAGGCCAGAAGAGGGAGGAGGAGGAAAUGGGUCGAGGGAAGUAUGGUAUAGUGUGGUGUAGAGGUUAAGAGCGGUAGACUCGUAAUCUGGUGAACCGGGUUCGCUUCUCCGCUCCUCCACAUGCAGCUGCUGGGUGAAUGACUAAGGUGGGCCCAUCUUUCUCAUAGCUGCUGCUGGGUCUCUGGAGUGGGGUCUUCUCCAGACCUGUGUUCUUUUGGGACGUGGGUGGUGCUGUGGUCUAAACCCAUGAGCCUUUUGUGAGAGCCAGUGUGGUGUAGUGGUUAAGAGCGGUAGACUCGUAAUCUGGUGAACCGGAUUCGCUUCCCCGCUCCUCCACAUGCAGCUGCUGGGUGACCUUGGGCCAGUCACACUCCUCUGAAGUCUCUCAGCCUCACUCACCUCACAGAGUGUUUGUUGUUGGGGAGGAAGGGAAAGGCUUUGGGGUGUUUCGUGAUGGGCGCUGUAAGAAUUUGGGCCAACUGAGCUCAGCAGAGAAACCCAUUUACUGGAUCCCAUUUGGGGAAAGUUCUUCCAAACUCUACUGUGAGAGAAUAGAAUAGAAAAAGGUGGUUUGGGGUGGAGACUGGGGGUAUAUGGGUGUCUCUGGCAUGCCACCCAGCCUAGUUCCCUUGGGACGGGGGAGCCAGCCAGCCCUUUUCUGCAAGAGUGGGAGAGGCGAGGAGAGGGGAACUGCACCUUGACUCUCUGCUGGGUUCCUUGCAGGCCUGAAGCGGAACCCGUGCUGGGUGGAGCGCUUCAACGUCCAGUUCUUGGGCUCCGUGGAAGUUCCUUACCAUCAGGGCAAUGGCAUCUUGUGUGCCGCUAUGCAGAAGGUGAGGCCGGGAAGAGGGGCUGUGUGCCUGUGUCUGUCUGUCUGUCUGUCCUUGCAAUGCUGUCUUGGGGCUGCUGCCAGGACAGAGAAUCCAACCUGUUAUGUGUGGGAAUGUUGAGGGUGGCAGGAGAGGAUAUAUUGUUUAUUAAUAUCCUUCCUAACUUGCGCUAGCAAGUUCCUUCACUUAGCAGAGUUACAUUUCCCUUUUUACAUGCACAGCAGAUAGCUGGUUGCAGGCUCGUGUGAGCCUCUCACUGUUAUACAAUUCAGUCUGUCUCAGAUUAAAUUAUACGUUUCUGGUAAAUUCCCUUGAAUCCCUCUUAAAAGAAUAAAGACGCCACAAUCUUAUUCAAAGUCAAUAAAAGAAGUUUACUCACAUCAGUUCACAGUUGGAUCCCUGAAGGCAGACUUAGUUACAAAUAUGUACAUGUGGAUCUACCCCAUAUGGGGGAAUAAUCCCAGUGCUUCUGCUAGCUGAGAGCUAGCAGAGCGGUUCUAGCUAAAAGCUGCUUAAAUGAAGAAGGAAGUCAAAAAAGAGAGGGACGUGUGCUGCGUGACUUGUCCUUUUGUUACCUGGAGAGGUUAGGUCACGCCCACCUUCUAUCACAUGCAAAAGGAAGGAUGCUCCAGCCAGGAUGAACAGGAAGUUUCGACUGGCUGGACCAAACAUCCCCUCGCAUGUCUUCUCUAGCAUUUCAAGGAAUGCUGUACUUGACUGCUCUCAGUGGAUUACCGUAUUUUUCGCUCUAUAAGAAGCACUUUUCCCCCUCCAAAAAUUAAGGGGAAAUGUGUGUGCAUCUUAUGGAGCAAAUGCAGGCUCCAUGGCUUCAGGGAAAGCAACGCGAAGCCUCCGGAGCGCAGUGCUCCUGCUGCGCUCUGGAGGCUUCACGUUGCUUUCGCUGAAGCCAGGAGAGCAAGAGGGGUUGGUGCGCACCGAUCCCUCUUGCUCUCCUGGCUUCGCUUCACUGGAGAGGCGCUGCACAGCGGGAGGAGAAAUGGAAGGGGCUCCAUUUCUCCUGCUGCUUCGCUGAAGGGGCCCUGCGCAGAGAGGGAGAUUUUUUUUUCUUGUUCUCCCCCUCUAAAACUAGGUGCGCCUUAUGGUCGGGUGCGUCCUAUAGAGCGAAAAAUACAGUACAUCCCACACUACGUCUGCCUGGUGCGAUGUCCCCUUGUCCUUUCCCCUUGGGAUACACCGUCUAAACUCGGCGGACCCCUUCCCGUCUGAACCCGCACCCCUGCAUGUGCACCCACCCUCUGUCCUUUGCAGAUUGCUACCACCCGCAAGCUCACAGUACACCUGAGACCCCCAGCCACCUGUGACCUGGAAAUCAGCCUGCAGGGCAUCAAACUUAUCCUGACCGUGAAUGAGUACAGCCGGGACGAGGAGGUGAGUGGCGGCAGCAGGAGGCGGCGGCACUGGGGUGGGCCUGUGCAGCUGAGAAGGUCUUUGGGGUCCACGUCCCCCAAGACUUUGGCGAGGUGCCCAGCCGAGCAGGAGGCAGGAUGUGUUCCGGGCACUUGCGUAAGCAUGGACUUGCAUGCCCGUGGUCUCACUUGGCAGAGUCUGCUUCUGCUGGAAGAGCCCCCUGCCCAGAGGGAGAACUUGGGCAAGGAGGGGGCAGGUGCAGCCGUCGGGGGCCUGAUGGGGAAGUGGAUUUAUAGGGGAAGGGGAGUCUGCUCCUGCCCCAUUUUCCGCUGGCUCAGUCCUACAAAGGAGGAGGAGUGGCAUGAUUGACCCACAUUGCAGGGAACAGGUUUUGAGCACCCAAUUUGAGACCCAGGUGGCUCCCCUCAGCCACAUGCGGGCAUCUGCUCUCGUCAUCCCUGUAAAGGCAUCAUUUCUUUACAGGUAUACCACCUUGUGAUGAUUUAUUGCCUUCAUCUCUUGGCAUAAAUCACUUCCGGCAGAGUUAGUUGCCGGUGGCAGUUGCUCUAAGACAGCGGUUCUCAACCUGCGGGUCCCCAGAUGUUGUUGGACUACAACUCCCAUCAUCCCUGAGCUCUGGCUUUGCUAGCUUGGGUUGAUGGGAGUUGUAGUUCAACAACAUCUGGGGACCCACAGGUUGAGAAAGGCUGCUCUGAAAGAUAACUCUCAAGACACAGGAGCAGACCAGGCCAUUAGCUCUUUAUGGACGGUAUGAAGCGUUCACGGUUGCAAUAUACGCAGAAUAGUCCAUUUAACCUACCUACUGGUCCCAGCAGCAAGGCAUCUCAUACAAAAUGCAGCCGCCUUCGGCAUUCAUCCAUAGCUGCAAGCGGUUGUAGCAGCAGGUUCAUCGGUUGGCAGGCAAGGAGAGAGACUUAACACACACUCUCACUGACUCUUUCUGCUGCCAAAAGAGAAACGAAAAGACCAGCCUUUUUAAGGCUACAAGUUCCUGACACUGUGCGAAAGAAUCCAAUUAACUCCUGAACCUUAUCUCGCUCCUGUUUAAGCAAUUAGGCUUCUUGGGUCAGUUUCUGGAACAUGCUCCACUUCCAAUUAACAGAAACUCACUCAGACAGUUUUCUGCAAAACAGCCUUCAUCCAAAGAUCACAGGGUGGUUCACAACAUGCUGUGAUUGGACUUGUUCUAUGAUUCUAGACUGGGGGGUCUAGGAGGGUCAGGAGACACAGGAGUUCCCAGUGGUACCCCUGCUGAAGAUUUCGGGAGCCCCUUGGCCUUGAAAGGAUUGGGGGGGUUUCUUCCUGGGGUGUCCUUUAAGCCCUCCCUCUUCUCGUUCCAGUUUGAGCGCUGCAGCCAUUUCUUCCAGAUGAAGAACAUCUCCUUCUGCGGCUGCCAUCCCCGCAACAGCUGGUAAGUUGCACCCCCCUCUCCUAGGGGAAAAGCCUGGCUCCGGGGGCAGGAGGGCUGCUUGCCCUCAGGACGUGAGGUUUCCUUGCUGCAGCACCUCAGGCAGGAAUCCCCUCCUUGGCCGUAAAAAUACAGCAAUGGCAGAGGAAAAGAACUAGCCCGUUGGCUGCUCUUUCCUGACACCCCAAACCACUGCCGGGGGGCUCUUCUUACGUUAAAAUUUUAGGGCUACCUUUAAAACUGUGGUGCAUGCGAGAUGGUCAGCUGAGGGUGGGCCUUGCAAGCUGUCUGGCUGGAGAGGUCCUACCAGUUCCUGCAUUGAUGACCUUUCGGGACCCUUUCAUGGUUCCCACUUUUGGUGCUGACCCUUCCCUUCCCUUCCAGCUACUUUGGCUUCAUCACAAAACACCCCGUGCUGAGCCGCUUUGCCUGCCACGUCUUCGUAUCCCAGGAGUCCAUGCGGCACGUUGCGGAGUGCGUUGGGUGAGUGGAGGGGGUCGCAGAGCGGGUUGGGGAUGAGCCCCUGCGGACGUCUUGGGCUGUGGUCUGAUGGGAGCUGUCCAAGGUAUUGAGAGCACCCUUGAAGCUGACCCAGAAACUCCAGCGGGUGGAGAAGGCCGCAGCGAGACUCCUUAUGGGGUCCUUGCUGCGGGAUCACAUUCAUCCAGUGCUUUACCAACUGCACUGGCUCCUGGUGGAGCACAGGGUCAGGUUUAAGGUGCUGAUUUUGACCUUUAAAGCCCUAUGUGGCCUAGGACCCAUGUACCUACAGGACCGCCUCUCCUGGUAUGCCCCAUGGAGGACCUUAAGGUCCACAAAUGACAACAUUUUGGAGGUCCCAAGUUGCAAGGUGGUUAGAUUGGUCUCAACUAGGGGCAGGGCCUUUUCAGUACUGGCCCUGACUUGGUGGAACGCUCUGUCACAAGAGACUAGGGCUCUGCAGGACUUGACAUCUUUUUGCAGGGCCUGUAAGACAGAGCUGUUCCGCCUGGCCUUUGGUUCGGACUCAGUCUGACCCUUAUGUUUCUCUCCCCUUAUGGUUUUGAUUUAUGGGCUACUUUUAAAAUGAGGCUGCAUUUUUAAUUGCAUUUUAAGCUGUAUUUUAAAUUGGUCCCCCCCCCUCCAUUAUGUUUUUUACUGUAAUUUUACUGAUGUUAGCAGCCCUGAGCCCAGCUCUGGCCGGGGAGGGUGGGGUAUAAAUAAAAUUAUUUAUGAUGAUGAUGCUGGGAUCCUGCAUACUGUUUCCCAUUGGGGCACCUAGUUGGCCUCUCUGAGAACAGGAUGCUGGCCUAGUUGGGCCACUGGCCUGAUCCAGGAGAAUCUUACUACGUUCUUUGCUCCCACGAGUGCUGACUGGUUCUUCCUUCCUUCCCCUUCCAGCCGCGCCUUUCAGGAAUACUACCAAGAGCACCUGGAGUUUGCUUGCCCCACAGAAGACAUUUACCUGGAGUAGGACCUGAGCCCGGAGUGCCUCCAGCUUCUGCACCCCCUCCAGAGACUCUGACCCAGUGCCCCAGGACCCUCGACUCCGCCAGCCUCGACACCACCCAUGCCACCAUUUUUCAACCCUGCACCCUGCUGCAGCAGAGGGGAGGUGGGGCGGGGCAGGCGAGGGGGCAGAGAGAUGGGGAGGGCGGCAGGCGCUGGCUGUGUGCAGUUGCCCCCUGCCCUCCCCCUCUCCUGGAGCCCCUCUCCCAAAACACCCGGGAGCAGAUCCCUGGGGAGGGAGCCUUCCUCCUUGAAGCAGGUUGAGACCAGCGAUGGGGCUGAAGGAUGAAUUUGGGAGAGGCGAAGCCAGGAGUCAGCGCUUUCCAGGAAAGCUCCAGCCUUUGCAUGGCGCCACCCUUCUCAGGGGCUGGGAGGAAGGCUUGGGGCACAAUGGCAGCAGCCAUCACUCUGCCCCCACGCCCACCCCGGUCCUCUAGAAACACACUCUGGGGCUGCGGGGAGCUCCCAUACCUCACCUGCUUCCAGGCUAAAUUCCUUUCAUCUGUGUGAGAGUUGUGUGUGGGGAGAGGGAACAAGGAACCCCCCUCCCUGCCCCCCCCACAGCGUACGCCCAUCCCUGGGCCAGGGCACUCUGCUCUCCCUUCCCUGCUUCUCGGCCCCCAUUGCCUCAGCUCCACACUUGCCAUGGGGGCUGCCCCGUUGCCAUCCCCUGGGGGGGGCAGUGCAUGUAACUCCAGCUCAUGCAAUGCCAUAGGAAACUACACCGCCCCCACCCCACCCUUUCCCCAAAAUCUGCAUCCCUCGCUGCUAUCACUCACCCUGCCACUCACCCACACUGCUGGGUUGCGGGAAGCGGAACAGCCUGCAUGCUGCUUGGGGGGCGGGGUGCUGGGAGCUGAAAGGGCCCUCCCAGAUAGGGCCUUUGGGGUGUGUGUGAGCGAUGAGCAUGUGUGGUGCCGGGCUCAGCUGGUAGGCUGCCCACCUCGCAAGCAGAAGGUCCCAGGUUCCAUUCCCGAUAGCAUCUCCACGCAGAGACUCCUUGCCCAAAUUCCUGCAGAGCCACUCGAUGGACCAGUGGUCUCAAAAUGUGCCAGCUUCCUAUGGCUUGUCCUGCCUGCGGAGGCGUUGGAGUCAAGGUGCCGACCAUUCAUAAUCUGGCGAAUUCCCCCGGAGGAUGGGGUCAGGGGGCGGCUGAUCUGGAUCCACGGCCCACGGCCAGCUUGGGUCUCGCCCCGCAGUCCCGUGUCCUUCCCCAGCGCUGCCAUCUUCCCGUUCUUCCUCUGUCACUGAAUCAGAGCAUAUCUGGGGGGUUGCUUGUCCGGCUCAGGCGCCCUCUUCUCUUUCUUGGCCUUCUCUCCCCCCCCCCCGCCCCCCACCCGCCCCGGCUCUCCUUGCCGCCUCCUGCCUCGCCCCCCACUGCUGUGCCUGGUGACCUCCUUUGCUUGCCAGCCCCGCCUGUUUAUACUCAGUGCUAGCUGACUGACGUAGCGCUCACUGCUGUCCGUGUAUGUAACGACGAUAUUUAUCCGUAACCUUAACCGAGCAGCGAAGUGACCUGUACAAACCCCGGUUCAAAGGCCCUUCCUUCUCACUGCCUUGUCAUGGAGUUGGUCUUUCAAUAAAAUAUACGCUUGGUGUCACCACA